GCCUUCCCUUGAACGAGAACGGAAGUGACUCUGGAGGGAUAGCAACGGAGGCGGUUGCUAACGAGGGAUGCGGAGAGGGCGAAGGCGGACCGGAGGAGGAGGAGGACUGGGCAGCUGUGAGUUGCUGGAUUGGGGCCUCCGGCGGAGGGAAGGGGAGGGGAAGUAUGUCUAGGAAAUGGGUGGUUUUGUAGGGGGUUUGGCUCUGAGGUGGCAAGGGGAGAUUUUUAUGCAAAUUUAAACUGCAGUGUAUGUAAAUGUAUGCAUAUUUAGGCUGGGAUUUGAUAUGGUGCUUGUUUUUGCAUAGGGUGAUUUGAUAGCUGGUACCUCUUUUUAUUUUUUUAAAAAGGGAAUUGGCUUGCAUUUUAAUGAUGUUUUUGCUUUUGAUGUUUUAAUUAGAUACUGCACAUCUUAAAAUCGAAAUAAAUUAGUGUGUGUAAAUGGCUUCUUAUUUAACUCAUUUGAAAAGUUGUUGGAUUGUUUGUUACCCUCCACAUCCCCACCGUCAAGCCAUUCUAAUGUUGUAUAUUGUAAGUUAAGAAAAUAAAAUGUUACCAGUAAAAAGGAAGGAUGUAUUUGUUGCUCAUUGUUACUAUUUAAUGUAACAAUGUUUUUAAAGAAGGGGAAUCCUCCCAAGGUAGCAUACGAUUAAAAUGCAACACUGUAAGGAAUGAGAAUAAAAGAACUGAAAGCUAACUUUUAUUUAUUUAGCUUCUUUUACCCUGCUCUUCAGCAAAAAAAAAAGGCUCCCAGAAUGACUUGCAUAUAAUCAUUUAAAACAAGACGGUUAAAAAGUUUUAUUGUCUAGCUCUGUAAAGCGCUUAGGUGUUUCUUGCAGCUAAGCAGUAUAUAACUUUUGUUCAACAAAAUGAAAUAAAUGAUACAAAAGGGAAAAAUGUGAGGAGGGAGGAGGAAAUGAGCAAACUUGGGCAUGUUUCUUAAAGUGAAAUAGUGGGGGAGCGGGAGGUUUCUCUAGUGAACAGGCAUCAGUAAAAAUAAACAUCCAGAGCACUACCACCAUAUAGUUCAUAAUUAGAGCAAAAACAACCAGAAGAACAAAACCAUUUUUUUUCCAAAAAACAGGAACAAGUGAGUGUUCAGAACUUUCAUAGGAAUAUAGACCCAUUGGUCCAUCUAGCUCAAUAUUAUCUACACUGACUGGCAGCAGUUCCAGAGGGUUUCAGGCAAGGGUCUCUAGUGGUGUAGUGGUAAGAGUGUAAGACUAGGACCUGGGAGACCAGGGAUCAAAUCCAUGCUCAGCCAUGAAGCUCACCAGUGACCUUGGGCUGGUCACAAUCUCUCGGCCUAACUUGCCUCACAGGGUUGUCAUGGGAAUUAAAUGAGGAGGUGGGGAACCAUGUACGCCACCUGAAGUCUUUGGAGAGAAAGGUGGGAUAUAAAUGCAAUAAAUAGUAAAUAAAAUAAAUAUCUGGAGAUUCAAGGGAUUGAAUUUAGGACCUUCUAAAUGCUCUGCUACUCAGCUACAGCAUUUUUCUUAUUAUCUGACAUGUUCCAAGAUAUAUAUCCUGACCCCAUGCUGCAUUUUUUUUAACUCUCCUUGUUGUCACACAAACAUACCAUGCAGCUAAAAUAUCUCACUCGGGUAUUUAAACUGUGGUUUUAGUUGUUUUAAAGCUUUGUGCCUCUUGUUUUAUUAUUGUAUUUUUACGGUGCUAAAAUUGGCAGUACGAAAACCCAAAUAGGCUCCAGGUAGUAUAUAAAUGUUUCAGAUAAACAUAUGUGGGUGUGAAGCCUAAAGCAAGCAAUGUGAAUAAACAACAGUUUAAUUAAAGCAACAGAAUACGGUGUAAAGUGUUUGCCUGGCACUUAAAAAAUUGCAAGGUAGGUACCAGGUGAGCUCACUGCAAAGGAGAUAGGGCACUAAAGUUGAAAAUGCCCUCUCCCUGUUUGCAAAUUGCCACCUGCCUUGUCUCUGACACCAGAGGUAUCCAGCAGAGAGUACUGAUACAGUUCUAUCCUUAUGUUAUAUAAAAUUAGGGUCACCCGACUGACAAAAAUUGUGCCAUGUGAAUCUGUGCAUGUUUGCACAGAAGUAAAUCUAAUUGAUUUCAGUGGGACUUAAACCCAAGUAGGUUUGCAGCCACAAUUAAUUGUAUGAAGGUUUCCAUGUAAUCCAAUAUGUGUUUUCUCAGAAGCUAGUCCUCCAAUCAGUGGGGAAGACUUUCAAAUAGACGACUCUAGAAUCUCACCCUUGAUCUAUUCAAAUUGUGGCUUUCUGGAACCUAUUCUGCAUUGUGCAGUACUGUAUGUCUAAGAAAAGCCCUGCUGGAUCAGACCAAAGACCUGCCUGCUCCAGCAUUCUUUUCUCACAGUGGCUAGCCAAAUGCCCAUGGGAAGCCUAUCUGCAGGACAUGGGAACCAUAGCACUCUCAUGCUUGUAUAACCAGCAAAUUAGGUCCAAGGUUAUUGAAGCACAAUAUUGGCUUGUUUUGUGUGCUGAAACUACAAGCCCUUUGAUUCAUGUAGCCCUGUUGACUUUUUUUUUUUUACAAAAUCAAGUACACUCUACAUGGGCAUGUGUAUCUGGAAUUAAGAGCUGCAAAAUCUACAUUAAAAAAAUUAAACUAUAUGAAUGAAUAUGAUUAUAUGCCAAACAACUUUUAAAAUAGAACUUUAUGAUGCCCCUGGUGUUGUGGUUUCUGUGUGGUGAAGAUGAAAUAAAAGAGUUCUGCCAGAAUCUGUCAUUACUUUUCACACUCAUUUAAUCUCACGUAAUUUACAGUGUGCGAUGCUUGUGCAAUUUUAUGUUACAGAGAGAAUCUUUCUUUGGGUUUUGUCAUCCACAGCUCAGUCAUGUCUGCUGCAGCUGACGAAACAUCAGAGGAUCUACCGGUGAGAGACAUAGGUCUAAAUCUCAUAGGGCUACAAGGUUUGUUCCACUUCUUACACAUUUUAAUUAGCUGGCUCCUUUGAAAGGAAAAAUUUAUCCAGAGGGUCAAGGAAACUGAAAAGAGGGUCUGGACUGAGCACUCCUGGAGAGCAUACCUAGGCUUCCAUGCCUGGGGCUGCUAGUUGUAAUACAGAACACCUUCAGGUUGUGGAAGCCUGGCAAUAGAGUCUGGAACACAUGUAUUCACAGCAUUAGUAGUAGUAGUAGUAGUAGUAGUAGUAACAACUAUCUGGGCUCUUCCCACUCCCUGGGGUUCUACUUGCCAACCACCACCCCCACCAGGUCUGCCUGGAUUUGCUCUACGCUGGUGACUGAAUUGGGAACAGCUCCCUGCAUUCAAAAGAAGUUCCCCUGAACACGUAUAGAGCUCUUAACCCCCACUGGGUAAAGAGCAGCCAGCAACAGGUCAGCAAGGCAGGUGAAGUGGAAGUGGACCAGGGAACUGGCAGACUUUCUCACUAAUUUUGCCUGGUGUCCUUCAGUCCCUGCCUUUAGAACCUCGCUAAACAUUAUGGCGACAGUCUAGUGCAAAUAUACUAUAAAGAGAAAUAAUUUUAUACCAUUUUGUGUUCAGUUGUUAUUAAGGGCAUUUACAACAAUCAAAACUUGUAAUAGAGGCUGUUCUGUAGAAUAGGUGCUAUCGCAGAAUAGGCCUGUUGAUGAAUAGCCAUGUGAUGGACUUCAGAAGGCUGUGGCACAGUGAACAGCUCUUGCUCCAAUUUCAGGACUAGCCUUAAAUGCAUCCCCACAUAGAGUGCAUUACAAUAGUCUUGUCUCUGUGGUUACCAAUGCAUGCAUGGUUCAUUGUGGCCAAGUCAUCCCUGUCCAAGAACAGUUGUAGCUGGCAUACCAGCCAAAGAUGAUCAUAGGUGCCCCUUGCCGCUAAGGUGACCUGAUCCCCUAGUGCCAGCGAUAGAUCAAGGAGCAUCACCAUGCUACAUAACUUGUUCCUUCAAAGAGAGCCCAGACCCAUUCGGAAUAGGGGAAUUGCCUGCAUCCCUUGCCCACAGGGCCUCAAAUUUAAAAGGAUUCAUCAAGUUUAUUGACCCUCAUCUAGUCCAUUACUGCAUUCAGGUCACGCACAGUCAUUCUUGACUCCUCCUCAAACAGAGGACUAGAGUUGUCACUAUACUGAUGACCUCAUGCCCCAAAUCUUUUAAUGACUGUCUUUUGCCAGUUACACUCUAGUCAUCUUCCAAUCACCCAGGGCUCCACAGAAGACAUGAAGCAAUUUAUGUUCCAACAGCAACUGAGAAAAUGGUGGUAGGGCCCAUAUUCAGCAAGUUUCUGAUAUGCGUAAUCCAUAUGGUCCCUUAGACAUCCUCUCUGUUGCAGAGCCAUCAGUGGUCCUAAAUGUCAAGGCUCGACAUGGGAUUUCGCGAAUCAGCCGAGAGGAGCUGGAAGACCAAUACUUUCGCUUGCACGAGGAGAACCUCUUACUUAAGCAACAUGCACAUAAGCAAGAAGAUAAAAUUAAAAGGUCAGACUUCCUUCUCUUCUUCUAAAGCAAAAGUUUGGGGACCUUUGCCUCUCAGUGGAAUGGUAAAAGAUAAGCCUGGGUUACGUAAGCUGUUUACAUACUUUCAGCUAUUAUUAUUAUUAUUAUUUAAUACAUUUAUACACUCCUCAAUACUAAGAAAAUUUGUAAGUGGUUCAUAUAAUAACAAUAUUUUUUUAUACACACACACACAGAGAGAGAGAGAGAGAGAAACUCAGCCAUUUAUGUGGGAUGCAACACCCUUUCUGCAACUUAACUGGUCUUUAACCUGUUUUCUCCACUGUUACAAUUGGCUUUGAUACUCAUUCUCAUUGUAAACAGAUUUUUCUUUGUUUCUGCUACACAUUUGAGAACAGCCCUGGGUUUUAACUACUCUCCUGGUUGCUGUAGCCUCUUAGGAAUUUCCUCCCAUGAAAUGAGUGGACUCCCACCCACAGGUGGGAAGGAUCACUCAGUCUCGUCUAUCAACCUCCUGCUGUACAGUAGCUCAAGAUCACUCCUAAGCAUCCAGCAUAAGAACCAAGAGGGCUGGCUGCAGAGAGAAGGAGCAUUACUUUCCUCCGUCACCAACCUGUUGUGUUUCUAUGCUAAACAAACUGCUGGCAAAUCUCCAGGGUGCCUAGUGUGGAUAUAUGGUGAGUUGGGGAGGAGAAGUGGCACAAUCCCUGCCUUUGCUGCCAGCUUGCUGGGCUGGGCGUGCAGGAGACAAAACCCCAUACUGAAUAUACAACAUCAGAAUUGAGUGAGUAGGCAGCUGUGGCUUUAUUCUUCCACUGCCAGUCCACUACAGUUCUGUGCUGGGUGCACAGGAGGUUAACCACCUUGCUGUUCACUUGGAAUAGACACCAGGCAGGCUGCUGGAGGAAGCAGGCAGCACUGAUUCACUCUCCUGCUUUUUACUCCUAAGCAGAACUAGCUUAGGCGGAACAGAGCAUUCCAUCCACCUUGUACCAGCCCCUCCAUGAGUAAAAAGUAGGUGAUGAGGAAAGAACCAAACAAAACACAAGCUAAUAACUUUUGGGGGCUAUUUUACAAGGCUGCUUUAGAUAAUAGCUUACAGGCGAGUAAGUUAUUCUGUGACAUCUCAAAGCUAUUAACUUCCUCCGCAUGUAUACGUUUGUUCUUUCAAAUAAGAAGAUUGUCAGUAUACUGUACUGAAAUAAAGGAAAGCAUUUCAAACAAAUGAAGUGCGUCUCUAUUUUCAGUCUCCCGUCUGGAUCUCUUAAAAUGAAAAAAGCCUCCCUAUAAAGUAGAUACGGCUCUUGAAGAUGUGCGACCAAUUUUGUAAAGUCUUGAACUUCUCUCUUCCAUCAAAGCCACCUUUUCUUUCUUUGUAUGCCAAGUCCUUCCCCGAACCCCCCACCCAAGCCACCCCACCCCCACCCCACGCCAACCCUCUGCAACCCUAUUCAUUGCUGGAAGUGUUUUCUGCUCUUGUAUGUUACAUCACCCCCAUGUGCCCUCUCUGUCUUUUGUUCUGGCUUCCCCAUGUUUAUCAAAACUAAGAGAAAUCAAAGGUACAACUCUUGAGAUGCCAAAAGCAAAAUUUGUAUCCUUUUAAAGCUAGAUGAAAACCAUACCUCCUGCAUCCAAUUAUAUCCCACGGCUAACUGUUAAACCUCUCUUAAGCACGCUGGUAUUAUUUGCUAAGCGUAAGAUGUAGCAAGGCGACAUGAGCUAUUAAAGGCCUGCCUUUGAGCCUGCCCACCUACUUGUUUUUAGAACUGAAAUUCGGGGGGGGGGCGGUCCUCCACUUUUGCACUCAAACUGGAAGCACUACAUCAAUGGAAUGUGUUACAUAUUGUAAGCAUGCGUUGGAUAGCUUAAUAUCAUAUGGGACUGAAGCUUUUAUACGUGGCCCCACCACAUCCCCAAUCUGUAACUAUACUUAACAGCAUGCAGAGUUCCUCAGGAAGGUCAUGCGUUCCAAAUUUGAGCAGCAUAUGGAGUAAAUAUGCGUCCCUCCCUUUUACUAAACUUUAAAUGAUAAGCCUUAGGAAACUGUUAUUUGUCAGUGCUAUAAAGCAGAUUGCUAUCCAGUGGUUUCAAUUAUCUUCAAAGAGUUCUUCACAGGCAGUAAUAGUUAUAUCAAAACCUGAAAUUUAUUAUUCAGGUUCUGCACUGAAGUCUUCACAGUGAUUAUGUUCCUUUCAACAGAAUGUUUUUUAUGCUUAAUUCCCCCCGCCGCCACACCACCUUUUUCAUCUUAUAUAAGUUGUAUUUUCUCUCUCUCUCUCUCUCUCUCUCCCCCCCGCUUCCCCCCUCAGAAUGGCCACCAAGUUAAUUCGGCUUGUUAACGACAAGAAAAGAGCUGAGCAGGUCGGUGGCGGCCCCAAGCGGCUGGGUCAGGACGUGGAGAUGGAGGAAGUGAUUGAGGAGCUGCAGGAGAAAGUUCGGGAACUGGAGAAGCAAAAUGAAGCUGUCCGCAACAGGCUCAUUUCAACCAAGCAGCAGCUCCAGCUUCACGGCCCGCGGCACACGCCCUACAGUUAUGUCCAGGCGCGCAUUAACACAGGUCUCAAAAAAGCGGUGGAGGGUGUUGGUGUCCAGGAGCGCGCAAAGAAAGGUACAUGAGCAAGCUGUCCCCUUUUAAACCCUGACUCGUGCAAAUUAUUUGAGAAGCAGUGCUGAUCAGACCCUUGGGCAGAGGAACAUCUGUCCCAGAAGCCAGAUGAAGCAGGUGAGAUAAGACAGAGGGAGGACUGUCAUCUGCCUGAUACUGCCAUCUUCUGAGGCCCUUCUUCAUGUGACUAUGAGAUCUAGAAGGUGGCAACACAAGAACAGGCCUAUUCUGUGGUGGCUCCCUGUUCAUGGAAUGCUCUCCCCAGGAAGGCUCACCUGGCUCCUUCAUUACAUAUCUUAGGCACCAGGCGAAAACAUUCCUCUUCUCCCAGGCCUUUGGCUAAUUAUACCAUCUAUGGCCUUUUAAGCUGAAGGGUAUUGUUUUGUUUGUUAUUAUGUGGUGUAUUUUUGUGUUUUUAUACUGUAAACUGCCCUGUGAUCUUCAGAUGAAGGGCAGUAUAUAAAUUUUAAAAACAAAGCGACUUUUGAUACAAUGCAAAAAAAAUUAAAUCAGUAUAAAGCUAGAACAAAAUAAAAACAUAAAAAGAAGCCUAACAGAUCUCACCCACUAAGAGAGGACAAGUAAAAGACUAUAGCCCAAAAGACCAGUGUUUGGAUACCCACUCAGUCAUGAAGCUUAAUGGCUGACUGUUGUGGGAAUAAAAUGGGCAACAGCUCUAUGGAGGAAAAAGUGGUGUAUAAAUGUAGUAAGUAGAUAAAUGAACGAAUGAGUUCAUUCAAAAGCUUGGCUGAAAAUGAAUGCUUUUGCCGGGUGCCUAAAAGCAGCCAGUGGUGGCACCAGGUGUUUCCCCCUGGGGAGAGCAUUCCAUAGUUGAUUAACCAAUUGAGUGAAUUUACAUAAGUCAGCAUGUGGCUAGAAUCAAAACUUCUGAAUCAGAAGACAUGGCUUGUUUCCAGACAGCACACUCAUUUAUCAUAGCAGGCAUCCUCUUAAAAGAGGAAUACUCUGUUGUGUGGGAAAGAUUAGGAAUGUCUACUUAAAGAUGGUCCUUGGCAUCUAUGCUUUGUAACAUUAAACCUUGGCCAUGAUUAAUUGGAGCAAGCCCUAAAUCAAAAGGGUUUGUGUUUGUUGGCUUUUGUCUUUUAAAUAUUUCGGUCCACAGAGGGACAACGCUGGCUGGGGCUGAUGGGAAUUGGUCCCCAGCAAUAUCUGGAGGGCCACAGGUUCUCCAUCCUUGAGAAUGAAGGCUUGAAAUUUCACAGGUCAAAUAGUAUCCAAGCAUAAAGUGCUCAAUUUUAAGGUGGAGUUGGCUUCAGCACACUUAUUUGCAGCUGCUCCUAAAAUCCUCAAAAUCUUUAUGGCUUUUAUCCAACAGUGUUUAUUCAGAGUAGCAUUGAAAUUAAUGAUCCUAUGUUAGUUGUUUUCAUUAACUUUGGUGGGUCUACUCUGAAUAGGACAUGCAUCAGAUGCCACCGUAUAUAUUUACCUCCUUUUCAUCUAUCAGCCCAUGAAAGAAAUAAAAGUAGGUUCUUGUAAAAGCUGGACCUUUAAAAGCAAAUUAAAAUUAUCUUGGCUAUCACCCUUAAUGCAAUUCAUUUGCAUAAUUUACUUUGUUGCUCUGAUAUUUAUUUAUUUUUGGCACACAGUUAUAGAUAACAGUGCCUAAUAGUUACAGCCAGGUCUGCCAUUAUAUCCCUGCUUCCAUGUACAGUACUAGGAAAUUUCCUAUUAUUUUUAUCACAUGAGUUCUAGCCUCUUGGGAUGCAUUGGGCAGACUGUUUGCUGUCUCUCAUAUUUUUGAUUUAAUUCCUUUUCCUCCCCGUUUGGAGCAGUAACGAAGCCUUUGCCCAAUGCAUUCCAAGUAUUUGUAAAGGGAAGAAACAUAGCAUUCUAACAUCACUGUCAAGCACUGGAUAGGCUAAUACAACUGCUUUAAUGCGAACUAAAAUCUCCAUGAGCUUCCAGAACUUGGUUGAAAUCAAAUGUAGUAACCCCAUUUUCCUGCAAGCCCUUCAGAAUCUGUUCCCUGCUAAAACUGUGGCCUAAAACAGCAGUGACUUCUAACUGUAAUGAGGAAUGUAUGCUGUUAUGUUUAGAAUUUAGACAAACUGGCCAGGAUCCAAAAAGCUACUUGCUGCCAAAGGCAUGAGUGUACUCACUGGGUUUUGUUUUACUUUUCCUCCUUUGAAUAGCAGCUGCCCUCCAUGCCAUAUUGCCAUAAUGUUUGUAGAACACCCCUCAACUUCAAAAGAGGAUCGCCAAGUAACAUUGCAAGGAGGGGGUUGUCAUUUUAGAGGAAACAGCUCCAAAACUCUAGUGAGUAUGCUGUGAAUGAAUCUCACUGGCCUUUGGAUCCAUGCCACCAUUUUUAAUAAGCCUAUUUAUUUUUUUAACACAGCAUAUAUGCCACUUAAUUGUAAAUAAAACCUUGAAGCAGUUUACAAAGGCUAUAAGAUAUGCAUUAAAACUGUCAAUAAAAAGGUUAAAAACAAGUUUUAAAAAAACCAAAAUAUGAAUGAAGUCAAAUCUUAAAAACGUCCAUAUUAAAAUCGUGCUGAAAUGAAUGGACUUGACUAAUUUAGGUCCAUCAAUUUCAGUGGGUCUCAUCUGGUUAGUACUUAGUUGAGUACAGCCUUCAAAUUAAAAUACAUGUUGACAUCUAAAUGCCCAUUAUGUUUAGCAGUAUAGCAGUUGCUCUGUCUGUAGAAGGUCUUGGGUCCAGUCCCUGGCAUAAAGGAAAGCUGGGCUUGAAAAGGUCCAUUCCUGAGGCCUUGGUUAAUUGCCACUGAUGGUCAGAGAGGAAAAUACUAGGCUAGAGAGACCAAUGGCCUGGCUUAGUAAGGGGAGCCAUAGUCCAGCAAUAGAGCUCUGCAUGCAGAAGGUCACAGAUUUGCCUUUGAUUCUUUGGCAUCUCAAGCUAGAAAGAAUAUAGAGGGGCAGGGCUAGAAAAAUACUUUUGAGUGAUGCCCUGUAGAGCUGCUGCCAUUCAACUGACAAUUUUGUCUAGAUGGAAGAAUGGUCAGACCAGAUAUAUUGCAACCCCAAAUGAAGUCACUAGGUUCUGGGCCUUCUCUAUAAAACAGGGGUAGCAAACCUGUGGUCCUCCAAAUGUUGUUGGACUCCAUUUCCCAUCGACACUUGCCGGCUUGGUCAUUAGUGAGGAAUGAUGGGAGACUUCUGAAGAGCAUCAUGUUGGCUUUCCCUGGCUUAAAUUCAAGGCUGUUACAAAUAUAGUAGGAUAAUGCUCAGUAUGUGUGAUUACUGCUUCCCCCCCUCCUUUUAGUCACUUACCUUUCAGUAAACAUACUUCUCUGAUUUUUCUCAUUCCACCCACUCCCGUCUUCUUUUAGGAAUGAGAAUGCAGGAUGUAGAAAUCCGACCUUUGAAAUCUCCACAAGCGUUGCCCCCCAAGUAUGGACACAACUUACUUGAGGAAGCAAGAGCAGAGAUACGAAACUUGUAUGACUUUUCUAUAUUUCUUUAUUUUCUGAUGUCAACUAUUUGCUUGGUGUCAUCAGUUAACUGACAGUCUAAAGCAGGCAUAGGCAAACUUUGGCCCUUCAGAUGUUUGGGACUACAAUUCCCAUCACCCCUAGCUAACAGGACCAGUGGUCAGGGAUGAUGGGAAUUGUAGUCGCAAACAUCUGGAGGGGUGGAGUUUGCCUAUGCCUGGUCUAAAGGGAAUUAAAACUGGACUGCAUACGCCCCGUUCAUCUACACUGGGCAUUCCUUUAAGGUAGGGGUGGACUCCUUUUCUCUAUCCAAGGGAUACUGGAUAUAGAUGAGCAAGGAGUUGAUUCACCUCUGUGAUGACUCAUGAAUACUAAUGCCUUUGGGCAGAAGAAUCUUGUAGCAGCGUACCUUGGAUAGCCAAGUUUCAUGAAACAAAAAAAAAAAUAGGGUGGGGGUUUUUUUAAAAAAAAAAAAAGAAAAGAAUGGACUGUUAAAAAAGAAAAUGCCACACACACCCAGUUUCACAGCAUUUGAAGUUAAUAAGCUCUCAUAUUGUUUGAUCUCAGCUUUGAGCACCUGCGUCAAUCACCUUCAAUAGGAAAACAUAUUGUCACAGGAACUGGGGGCGUAUAUAGGCUAGUCAACUUAAUAGGUACCAACUGUAGGCAGCUCACAAAAUCUUUUUAGUGUGGGGGAGAGUGCAGUAAAGAGAGAUAACAAGACACUACCUCCUGAAAUGCCAUGGAACAAAUCUGUGGUUGCCUCAGGAAGGAUUUUUUUAAAAGUCUCCUGUUAAGAAUAUUUUAGGAAAUAAGACUCUCACUGGUCUUCUCAUAUUUUGCCAAUGUGUUGCCUAGGGAUAAUAAAGCUCAUUUUCCUGUCCUGAUAUUUUUGUAAUAACUGUUCCCCCCACCACUGCUUUGUAGCUUAAGUGAAUGUUAAGUAUUCAACCCCCCACAUUGCACAUCUGCUGAUUUUCCACUUGCCAGGACUUGAACUCACAACACAUCUUGAACCUCUGACCAGGGGAGGAUUUUAUCCAUACACCUCUGUAGAGGUUAACGAAGCUGCAUAUAAGUUACCAAAAAAAAUGCAAUAUAAAAAUGUAUUUAAAACAGAUCUUAAAAUAUCCUAAAUAAAUACAGAUCUUUAAACAGCAGCACGUAGAUAAUAACGUAUCAUAAAAUGAAUAAUUCAGGUUUAGCUUAUUAUUUCCCUAUGCAAAAGUUUAGGCAUUAUCCUAUGGAAUUGCUUUUGGUUAGGCAAAUAGUUAUCAAAUUGUUCAGUGGUACAUGGUAAACAUCUUAAGCCUCCAGUCCUAUACAGACUUAUGUGAGUGUAACCAUGUGCAGCUCUAACCAUGUCUACUUAAAACUCUAACCAUGACUACUUAAGUCCUGUUGCAUUCAGUGGGGCUUACUGUUCUGCUUGCAGCCUAACUCAUUGAACUCAGUAGGGCUAACUAUUGAGUAGGCAUAUGCAGGAUUGCACUGAUAUUUAUUUGUUGAAUUGAUAGUUGCACACAGAAUAAACAUUUUCAUAUCCAAUGUUGCACAGUAAGUUUCAAAUAUGUACAGUUCUAUAGGCCAAGCACGAAUUUAUUGCAAUACAACUCAAGAGGCUAGUUCAAAAUAACCGUGUCUGAUGGAAAUCUCAAUAAUGAGCAUAUAACUUACAUGAAAAAUGUGUGGGUGACACUAUGUCAUACAGUGAAUUUAUGCAUAUUCAGAAGCAUUACAAUUUAUUAAAUAUCUCUUAGAUCUUAAUAUCCUAAUUAUCUCUUAGAAGCUCCCAUGGAGAUCCUCCCCCCCCCCCCCGAUCUUCCAUGGUUAGUCUUUCCAAACUAAAAUAAAUGUUAUUUGAAAAACAGCAUGGAGACUCAUCUUGAGAUGCCGUGGAGUGAAACGAAAAUACUUUGUACAAGCAAUUGAUUGUUUUAGCAAUCGAUUGUAAUUACCAUAUUUUUCGCUUGAUAACAUGCACCCGACCAUAACACGCAUGUAGUUUUUAGAGGAGGAAAACAAGAAAAAAAAUAUUCUAAAUGAAACAGUGGAUGUAUGAUUUUUGUGGUUCAUGCUGUGGCCACAGACGUGUGAUCUGACGGUGAGUUUGGGGUGAGCCAGUGCAAAAAUCCUGAGGAUCCAUGUGGAUCUGUGCUUUGUAACCACGUUUUAAGUGGGGAGGGAAGGAAAAGCACUCAAGGGACAAGGAGCACGCAUGGAGCAGGCUCUGCUCCCCCCCCCCCCUUAGCGAGCUGAAAAAUUUUGCUGGAGGGACAGAGAGCCUGCUUGCUUUAAAAGAGCCUACCGGACAGGAGCCGCUUACACUCGCUUUGCUCCUUUAAAGAAGCAGGCACUCUGUCCCUCUCUCCUCCCCAUUCAGUGGCUCUUCUCCCGCUGGAAACCACGGAGGAGGGAAACAUUCGCUCCAUAACACGCACAGACAAUUCCCCUUACUUUCUAGGAGGAAAAAAACGCGUGUUAUGGAGCGAAAACUACGGUAUUUUAACACAGUGUAGCAGCGUUCAUGUUUUUCAUAACUGGGAGCUAGCGAAGUGUUUAUUUUAUUUAUUGGGGAUCCUUACAUCCCACCAUUUGAAGGACAAGGUCCUCUCAAGGCAGCUUACAAAGAAGGGUAAAGCACCACAUCAAAACCAGAAUGUGUUACAGUUAACAAGAGCUUUUUAAAAACACCAGUUACAAAACAUACUAAGUAACCAAACAAUUAAACCCCUGUGUUGCAAACAAUUAUCAGUAAUAUCCAAGGCAACACGAUAACCAAGUACAACAAUGCAAUAUCAAUAUAAACUCUUUAUAUAGUCUAUAUGGAACACUGAAUAUGAGAAACCAAAUAGAAAACAUAGAAACAAAUAAACAUAAGUCUUAUAAGUCUCUGAAAGUCUUUGUAGACUAUGCAAGUCUCUGAAAGAAGCAGUGGGUCAGAUUCUUAUCUGAUGAAAACAAGGCAUAAAGCUUUGUUUUAUGACGUCCAACGCUGUGGAAGUGGUCCGCAAACAGACGUAGUGAACAGUGAUUCCGGAUAUACCCACUGUUUCGUAGAGGACACUAUGGAAAAGUCUCUGUCCCUGAGGCCACCAACCUCAUCCUCCCUAUUGGUGAGCAAGAGAAUAGGACCCCUGACCUCUCAAGACUUGAGCAUUUAUAUAUGCAGGCUGUCCUUCAAACUGUGUUCUGGAGAACUCCCCUCUUCUUCUGAUAAGUGUCAAAGCGGGUUAUCAAAGCAAACAUCAGUCAUGAUGGACAAACUUCCCUAAAAGAAGAUCAGCUGGGUCUGGUGCAGCAGGUGCUGCUUUUCCUGGACUAGGAGAGCUUGACCACGGGUGUUCAUGUGACUUCAGGGCUGGGUUUCUGUAAUGCAUUCCAAGUGGGUCUUUGCUUGAACUUGAUCCAGAAGCUGCAGUUAGGGCAGAAUGGUUGCUGGCAGGGAGUAGGGCUCUGUCAGCAUAUAGCACCUCUGCUCAGAGAGAUGCACUGGCUGCCCAUUGCUACUGGGCCAAAUUCAGUGUGUUAUUAUUGGUAUAUAAAACCCUAAAAAGCUUGGGACUAAUUUACUUGCGGGAUCACUUUACCCAUAUAAGCCCACUUGACUGCGUCAAUCUGCGGAACCGGCAACGUUACAGUUGCCACAUAAUACUCAUUCCGCACUUGUAAGAAAUUGAUAUUUUUGCGUGUCAGCACCUAUACUUUGGCACUCACUGCCUAUUGACAUCAAGCAAGUCCAUUCCCUGUACGAUUUUCAGCACCUGUUUAAAACAUUUUUGCUUUGGCAAGCCUAUACAGAUGUGUGUUUUAUUUCUUUUCAGCUACUAGUUAUUGGUUUUAAUCACUUUUUGGAUAUUGUUAGAUACUCGUUUUUAAUUCUUUUGUAUCAAUAAUGUUAAUGUUUUAUUUUAGAUUUUUUAAAGCACUUGGGAGGGUUUAUUUUUGUUUGUUUUUUGUUUGUUUGUUUGUUUGAUAAAUAAAUAAAAAAUAAAUAAAUAAAUAAGGGCUUGUUCACACUACUGAUAGAUCAGCGUGGAGUCACUAUUAACUGGAUUUACUUCACUGCAUUUGUGAGGCCCAGCGCUUGUAAACUAACUUGAUGCCCUAGAUCAGAAUCUUCUGUGACAAUAGAGAACUGCUUUAGAAAAAAGUUGCCAUGGGAAGAAUUCCUAAAGGAUGCAGGUGUAAAUUUUGGGUUUCAAUUUAGAAAGCUUUGUUGCCUUAACAAAACCUAGCCUGUCAUACCGCAGUUUCUUUGCCUGUUUCAUAUAGCCUUCUCAACUUUGGGACCAGUGGGACCAGUAAGAAGUAAACCUCUUAUAAACAUUUAAAUACCUGGCAGAACAUGUGUUUCAUUCUAGUUUCCCAUUAUGUUAAGCGUAAAGCUUCCGCUUUUUAACUGACAAACUCAAAGCGCUUUGACUGUUGCAGGGAGAAUGUGGUUGAGUCUCAACGGGCGCACAAUGAGGAGUUGGCGCAGGCAGUGGAAACGCUCAGAAGCGAAAUACGGAAAAAGGAAGAGGAGUUUGAAGAAGCUCUCCUGCAGCUGAAAGAGCAGCAGGCAACUGGCCAACGGUAAAAUGGAAUGGAAAUGCUCGCAACUCAUAAGUUGUACCCAAUCGUGUGACAGUAAAGUAAUUGAUUUACUUGCACCUGGGUUUUAUUGUGCUGCUUUUGCAAGCAUUUGCAUGGGGAACAUCAGGUAUUACUUUACCUGUUACUGGCCAGUUGAUAUACUGGGGUCGCUUUCUUGAUGACAGAACUAACAGUGCCGAUCAAACCCAAUUAAAUACAUGCAAAUGAAUGGACUCCCAUCAUGUCUCCAAGGCUCAAAUGUGCAUGAGCAAAGUUGCUUACUAUAUGGGUGGGGGGUGGGGAGGUUAUGAGAAGCAAAUUGGCAGCAGGGUGUGAUAGCACUAGAAAUGUAAGCUCGGAACACAAAUUCCAUAUUCCAUGUUUGUUUGUUGCCACAGCAGUUCAAAGUAAACUGCUGCAAGAUCUCCCUCUCACACAUGCACAGCAAAAAAAAUCAACCCUGGAUCACCCCAGCAUGAAAUCUCACCAGGACCAUGCUGUGCAGAAGAAGCAAUCUGGGCAAUAUGGGUUGCAUGUAGAUGGCUCGGGUCAUCCCAGAUUGUUCGGAACAACAGAUGUUUUCAUGUUGGCAAAACAUGGCUCAUGAAUUGUCCAUCUGGAGUCUUGUUUUCUUAACAACAUUCCUAGGUUCCAUCAUUUGCAUGGGUACUUUGCUCACGGUAAUAUAUUUUAAUUCUACUCAGUUCCAUUUUUGCAUUCACUAAGGUCACUUAAUCUGCAGCGCUUUGGGUCAGGAUGAUUUAGGCCAAAAACAUAGAAAUGCAAGAUGGGAAGAUUAUCCAGUCAAAAGGAAAACCACUUAGUUCCUCUGGUUUUGCAUGGCUAGCACUGGUGGCAAAUGCUUGCAAGAAAGGGCUACUGCAAGCCCUGGACUGUGUCGUUGUCUUCCCCCAUUUCCUUUACCUUCUUCUUUUGCACCUUUAAAAAAGCGAUUGGAAGCUACUUAGGCAACCUUGGUUCAUUUAAAGCUCUUGGGCACCAUAGCUCCCUCAUGUACACUCCUUUGGGACUACCAUUCCAACACCCUCUGGUUUUCUUUUUCUAUGUUUUGGGUCAUUGGGAGCUGCCCUACUUUGUUUGUGCCUUAUUUAGGUGUUUGUCUGCUUCAAGUUGUGGGAAGUUCUGAGCAAUGUCAGUUUUUUCUUUUUUAAAAUGGAAGUUUGUGCUGUUUCUUAGGUUUUCAGAUGUUCCUCAGGCGCCAAAAAGUGGGGAGCCCUGGCUUAAACUCUGGUUAGUGACAACAAACCAGAAUCUGAAAUGAAUCUGUAUGGUUCUGACUUUUGCUCACAAACCAUCAUUUAACAAAUGACAGUUCCCUGAGUUUAGGUGUAAUGGGAAACUGUGGUUAGUUUAAAGUCAAAAGAAUAAGCUUUCCACCUCUUCCCUCCUGGCAUGCAAAAGAAAAGGAGAGGAGGAAAGAAAGUGUGUGAGCCUCAGACUCGCUGUACUUUGUUCUCCUGGUGGGAGACCAUGGUUCCCCAUUAGGUCUGAACACUGCCAAAGAGUUAGGCACUGUGAUACAUACUAGUUAAUGUCAAUUGUCAGGAGACAUUUGGCUUAGAUCUGCAUGUAUCAUAAAUGUCAUUCUUCUCAACUCCUUUUAUUCAAAAAUGGGGUGGGGUGGGGGAGAGAAACUCCUGUAAAAUCUCUUUUGAAGCUAUCCCUGCUAUUUGUUUGAUGUGAGAAACAAGAUUCAGAAGAACAUGAAAUGGCAUUAGAGUUUUUAGUGUUUAGCAUCAGGCAAAAAUGUUUCCUCUACUUGCUACAUCUAUUUAUAUGAAGGGUGCAAUAAACCGGAUUCCUGGUUUGCGAGCUUUUUAAUCUUCUCUGUAAGGACAGUUGACUAGGUAAUGGCAAAACACAAUGGACCCUGAGUUUCAAAAGAAUUAUAUAUAUAUAUUAAAGUAUUUCAAGUUCUCAGCUGGUUUACAGAUGUGUAAGCUUUGUAGUCUAUUUUCUGGUUCCAGCAUGGCACUGGGACAAUUUUUCCAGUCUGUCUAUAACAGAUAAGUAUUAGAGGAGAAACAAUGUAUUUCAAGAUGUGAGAUUCUGUUCUGAUGUUUAUCACACUUUAUUUGGCAUUAGCAGUUAAGACCAAUUCAGGGGUUUCCUUUAAAACAUUUUUUGGUUGAAAUACAUGCAAAAACAAUAAUAAUGAGGUCACCCUGCACCGUUCAAGGGAUAGGUUUUUGAAAGUAUAUCUGCAGUUAGCUGCGUGAUGACUUUUAACAAGAUUAAAUAGUGAAUUUUCAAUUGAAUCUCAGCAGGGAAAAUACAUAACAGAAUCUCAGCCAUAUAGAAUUUCGGUCAAGAUGGUCAUUGUUAAAGAUACAUCUGCAGCUAAUUUGAAUGCCAAUCUCGGGGCAUUAUCUGUGUAAAAUGCUAAGCCGCUUGCCUUGGAAAUACUUGGAAAAGGGGUUACGUUCCUGGAUAAUGCUCCAUUAAACAGUAAUUCUCUAACACCAAAGUUUUGGAAAGUGUUUUUUCUCUCUUCCUAUUGUAAGUAUAAUACUGCACCUUUUACCAUAGGCUCCACUGAAGUUUGAUAAGAAUGAACCAAUACAUCCAAAUAAUGAGUAAUGUUCAAAUAUCUUCAUACUGCAAAAACAUGUAUUUAUUUAACAACCUAUAAUGUUAAAUUUAAGGAAAGGAAUUGUUUUAGAUGUUAUACACACACCUCUCCCCAGUUGUGUUUUGGAAUUAGGAAAGUGUGAAGGGUUUUAAGUUUUCCAAGGCAAAAUUAACAAGGUGACUCGACUAUUAUUGUACCAUAAACCUCACAAUUACUUUCUUUUUGAACAUGCCAUUUUGUAGGUUAAGCAUUCGGGACAAUGUUGAAAUGAUUAAGCUCCACAAACAAUUGGUGGAGAAGAGCAAUGAGUUUGCAGCAAUGGAGGAAAGAUUUCUUCAGCUACAGGAGGUAGGCAGAACUUCAGCUAGAACUGUAAACUUGUGCACCAGAACUCCAGGUGGGGUUAUGUACGGAAUAAACUUGUUUAGAGAGGCACUUCUUUCAUCACCAAAAGUAUGAUACAGAUCUGGAAAUUUAAGACCAAUCCUAUAUACACUUAGCAGGAAGUAAGUUCCCAUGAACUCAGGGCAACUUACUUCUUAGUAGAUGGUAUGAUGAUUGUGCAGUAAAUGAAGGCUAGCUAAGAAUGUUUAUAAUACACUAAGAAAUAAAUGGGAAUUUAUACUAACCUUGCAAUCUUAUACAUGUUUGCUCAGUAAUUAAAAUUUAGUUGAAUUUCAGUUGUAAUUAGUGCAGAAUCACACUCCACCUCCCAGGUUCUUCAAGUGCUGAAUGGUCUUUCGCAAUGUUAAGGUGCUAAGAGCUGCCUGAUGCUUAGUUGGUCUAUUUGUCCAUCUUCUUCAGUAAAGCCUACCCUUUGCAGCAUAUCCUUCACCAGCCUUCAAACUGGAAAUGCCAAGGAAUUGAAUUGGUAGGAGGUUUCUCUCCAUAAAACAUGGCCUGCUCUAUUUUUAAUCCUGAUCAGCAAAUCCCAGUGUAGCAUUUUAGAUGCUUCCUAUACCUUCAGCUUCGAUCUGCUCCCUCCACCAGAAUUAAUGAUGCAGCCCACAUUUGCAUGCAGCUUUUGGGCAUAUCUCAACAUACACAACUCGGCAUAUGCAGACCUCUGUACCAGCAAUAUUACUGUCACUUAGGAUGGAAAAUUUGGAUUUUUUUUGUCCACUGCUUAUCAUUUUUGUCCACUGCUUAUCAUUAUGGUAAUAUGACAUAGCAGACGAAGCUGAAGCACCACAGCACAGCAACCGCAUUCAUUUGUAAGGGAGUUAUAGAGUGAAAUUAUUUUCCGAAGACUUAAAUGCUUAUCAAAGCCUUGCAAAUUGUGGUGUGUGCAACAGUUUCCAAAGCAAAAUAAACAGAGGUGCACGUUUUUGAAAUGUUGAGCACAGCUCAAUAGUUCAGAUGUUGCACAGAAGUGCAGAAUCAAAUUUUAAAGAGACGCAGAAUUUCUUUUAAUUAAAUCUUAAUGCAGCUCCCUUGGAAGGAAUUAAGAAGGCAAACGAAACAUCAGCUGGUGGGUUAGCAGCAAAAUGACAAGAGCUGCAUGGACAUAUUUGUGGUCGGGUUCAUUUUUGCUUGCUACUGUAGCGUUUUGGGUCAGCGUGUCCAAACCACAAGAACCACAGCAAAAUGCUUUAAUUGCUAAACAGAUGUCUGUCUUGGUCCUGCUCAUCACAGCUGAACUGGGAGUGGUUAGCAUGCUGGAGGAGGGCGGAACACCCUCCACCCUCUUCGUUGCCGUUGUGUAACUUAACGACAUUGUGUCAAAAACAUGGCAAGAGCAUCUCCUGUUGACUGGAUUGAGAUUACACUUUAAAGGUUGCUGGAGGAAACCUUUUGACUCAAUCCAUAGCCCUCAUCCAAGAAUAGUGACCGCAGCCGAAUGUUGCUCACCCAGACCCAACUUCAGCUGCCUUCUCUCGUCUCCUCCACAGAACCAAAAAAAUCUGAAAGCAAGCCACAAUGCACUCAUGGCAAAGGGGGACGAACUCAAUUUGCAACUUAAAGAAGAACGUUCCAAGUGCCUCCACCUCGAGAGUGAGUUACAGGCCACAAAUUUUUCAAAGCGGCGAUUAGAAGAGGUGAGAUCCUUGGGGGCGGGGGGGGGGGGAGAGCACGGUCUUUGCACAAUCCUUUAAACUGGGCUAGAGAAAUCUGCGUAGUAUCCUGGACCAAGUCGUGAGAGGACUCCCAAUAAUUCAAACAUUCUGGUCUUGGCUUAGGAAGUCACAGCUGGUGGAUAUAUAGCACUUAAUGCUCUGUUGUUAACCUCCAGUAGCAUUUAUAUGCCUCUGGGCAGUCUUUGAACACCCGUGUAAGAUCAGUCGGACCAUUGCGGUGUGUGCAACAGUUUCCAAAGCAAAAUAAACAGAGGUGCAUGUUUUUGAAAUGUUGAGCACAGCUCAAUAGUUCAGAUGUCACACAUCGGACCAUUUCAAGAUGCUGCAUUCAUCCUAAUACAUUAUGAUUGCAUUAAAGGUGGCAAACACCAUCUAAAUUUCACCUAUAGACAGAAGCAACUUGCGAGAUGGGGCCAAGCCAGUACACUAGCUUCCCUGCAGGUGAGUCACUGUUACUGGGAUGAAGAGGGCACCGUGGUGCAAACGCACCAGAAGGAGUAGCAGAUUGGCUCCAUCAGUGCUUUUGCACCACGCCAACCUUCCCACCGCUUCACUCCUCCUCUUCUUGGUAAGCAACAGCCACCUGCCAAGAAGGCAGCAUAGCAGAUCUGCCCCCACCUUGUGAGCCAUCUCCACCUAUAAAACAGGUGAAAUGUGUCGACCCAAUGCACUAAUGUUUGGUUGAUAUUAAAAAAGGAGAAAAACCUUACAAAAAUAGAAAUUCUCCUGCGUUAAUGAAAACGUUUUGCAAAUCUUGAUUUUUGCACCAUCCCAAUCUGCCUUGCUCUUUUGUGACAUCAGGGCAGUCACUGUAAUGUCAAAGCUUACCGGCCACUGGCUGCCAGAAAGCACAACCAUGCAUGCAGCUAUUCAGAAAGCUUUACUAGUGUCGGUAAUGUUGCUUUUUAAUUGCAUCACUUACAACGUUUGUCUUCAUUCCAGCUUCAAGAUAGAAUUAAUGAUUUGGAAAAAGAGAGGGACCUUCUAAAAGAAAACUAUGAUAAAUUAUACAACAGGUAAAUUAUAACUGAUAACAGAACUCUUUUAACAUUCCAUUUCUCAGUUUAUGUAUGGGCUAAAAUAACCAUUGCAUGAGUAGUGGCAGUUCAGCUGCAAACACUUUUGGAUAAAACUGACCUAUUUCAGUCUGGGUUCAAGCCUGGUUUGGGGACUGAAUUGGCCUUAGUCGGUCUGAUGGAUGAGCUUAUUCAGGAGAGAUGGUAGGGGAGUACAGCCCUGUUUAUUUUCCUGGAUCUCUCUGCAGCUUUUGAUUUCAUCUGGACUGUUGAGGGUUAGAAGCACUGUUGUACUGUGUCUGUGGACCCCUGGUGGUUAACCUGCAGAGUAUGAUUUUUGUCCCCAGUGCUAUUUAAUAUUUAUAUGAAGCCACUGGGAGUGGCCAUUCGGAGAUUUGGGGCUGAUUGAUACCAUUUUGAGGUUUUCUCCUGACAUUUUAGGUAAUAAAACAAAAUACCCAACAUUAUUUCUCUGUAACAUCUGAAUUGGGAGAGACUGUACAUUUUCAAAACCAGUGCCUUGAUAAAAUCAUGGGCUGAGUGAAAGCUGAUGAACUACACCUGCUUCCUAACAAGAUAGAGACCUUAUGGAUGGCCAGUCAUUGCCUCCCAACCUAACCUACCUCACAGGGUUGUUGUGUCGAUUAAAUGAGGGGGUAGAAAACCAUGUGCGCCAGCUUUAGCUUCUUAGAGAAAAAGGCGAGAGAUAAAUGCAAUAAAUAGAGGGGAAUAUUUAUUUAUUUAUUUAUUUAUUUAUAGAUUUGCAUAUUGUAAUUGUGGCCUCUCAAAGUGAUUACUAAAGCAGCUCUUGGGAUCUCAAGACUGGGACCACUCUCCUAAAAGGUCCUGUGCUAUUCCUGUUGAUCUUUUCUACUGCCCGUCCCCUGCCUGCCCCGUUUUAACUGCUGACUCCCUUCCAUAUCACAAGCUGCUUUUGUAAUGCUAUCCAGUUUCUAAAGUAGUUUGCUCUGCUGUGUGGUAGGCAAAAUAAUCUUUUAAAAUCCCUUGGACUCAGUGAAUUAGUUUUGCAAUUCUUUUGAUCCUGGCCAGAGUUGAACCUGCAGGAGUUACUAACAAAGGAAAAUGGUGUCUAUAACAUUGGGUGUUGUUUUGCAACCUUGUAACAGAAGUCAGCUUAAAACAUUUUUGCAGUCAGUUUUGGCAAUACUUCCCAGCUUUAACUCAUUAGCACAACUGCCCUUUUAUGCUGGCCCACAGACAGCAUUGUCAUGAUAUGAUAGCAGAUUGCAGUAGGCUGGUAGGCCCUUUUUCUUUUCUUUUACUUCCAGCUUAGGCCUCAAUGUCUCAAUUUCCUUUCUUUAAAAAAAUGGACCCCAAUCAAGAGCAGCACAGGGCGUGACUCUAACUUUUUCAGGUGCCAAAACGCCUUAGGCUGGCACUGUGACUGCACUUCAUAUUUAUGUAAAGACACUCUGAGGUAAUAGUCUGUGUAAAUUCUGUCAGCAGUGCUUAAUAUCACAUAAAUAAAAAAUUAGGAGGCUAAACCUACUGAACAUGAAAUGAGACAGGGCACUGAAUUCAUUUUCUGGUGCCGAACAGAAAAUUGAAGCAAUUACAGUCAAUUUGCAGAGGCUUAAUGAGGAAACACCUGAUCAUGGAGUCGGUGGAAGGAGAACCCUCCAGCUGUAGGAGUGCUUUUGUUCAAAAGAGAGCACAAUUGUCACUGCGUUUUCUCUAAGGGGGAGAGAGUAAUAUCCAAUUCUUGGGGAGCAGAGAGAAAAGCUGCUGUGGCUUCAAAGUACCAUGUCCAGUUUAGCUGUCUGACUUGCUGAUUUAGGGCAUAUUCAUGCCAUGCAUUUACGAUGUUGUGACACCAUUUCAGGCAGCUGGUCCCAGUCAUAUUAUGUUGAGGUGGAAAUUCCAGAAGCCACUUUCCAUUGACUAUAAGAACUUGACUCUGUAUUCCUCUGACCCUCCGUCCAUACUAGGAGCACAGUGUGGUGGAUGGUCAGCCAUUUGUACAUUACCCAGAUGGCUUCAAAAUGCAGCGGGGUGAAGUAUACUCCAAAGACAUUCCAGGCAGAUUCCAGUGGAAUGCAAUCCUAACUGUGAAGGAGAUGAUAGCUGAGCAGUAAAUUUCAGAACAAUUUUGUAUGCCUUUAAAGUCAGCAUUAUGCGGAUUUGGAGAAACUGGAAUUCUACAUUGCUCUAAGUUUAACCAGAGCCAGAUUCUGAGGUUGUUGUUGGAAAAUGUACAAAUGACCAUGAGACUUGAAUGUACACAAACUUUUCUGACAAGUGAAAACUAUGUUGUUGUUUAGUCGUGUCCGACUCUUCGUGACCCCAUGGACCAGUCUUCCACUGCCUCCCGCAGUUUGGUCAGACUCAUGUUUGUAGCUUCAAGAACACUGUCCAACCAUCUCGUCCUCUGUCGUCCCCUUCUCCUUGUGCCCUCAAUCUUUCCCAACAUCAGGGUCUUUUCCAGGGAGUCUUCUCUUCUCAUGAGGUGGCCAAAGUAUUGGAGCCUCAGCUUGAGUUGACCCUCAAGGGUGGAGAACGCUCUCCUGUCACUAGCCCUAAAAUGAAAGAAUGAUGGUGGUGGUAAUGAUGAUGAUGAUAAGCAUUAUAUUUAUUAUUGCAAUUUAUUUAAAUUUGUGUCAAUUGAACCAGAGCCUUCAGGUGGCUUAAAAUAUGCAGAACAAAUGUAUGAUUUAAAAUAUGUAAGUACAAAUGCAUAUCAUAUAAAAAUCUCAGUAACCUGCCUCUCCAUUAUAGAAAGCUGUAUACAAGAAAACUUCCAUACUUAAAGUAGCAAUCCCAAUGAACCACAUUAAAACUAUUGACAAGAAUGAGGUAUUGGCUUGAACCCUAAUAACUUAACUGCUGUAAGCGAAUAAAGAUGCUAAAAAUUACUACAAAGACUGGCAUGGGUGGGAACAAAUGUCUUCACCUAACACAGAAGGCGCAGGCAAGCUCUCUUAAGGAAUGUGUUCCAUUGACAGGGGCUGUCGCCCAAAAGACCCCUUCAAUUGUUGCCCUCCCUCCACAAUCCCUAUAGAUAGGGCACUCUGGGGAGUGCCUUUGUAGAUGAUCUUAAGGCCAGCAUAGUCUUCUUUGGGAAGAGCUAAUUCCUUCAGGUAUAGGUUAAAGGUAGCAAUUUGAAUUGGGCCUGGAAAUGCAUUGGCUUCCAGUUGGAUUCAUUUUGUGAUUUUGCUAUUUUACAUUGUUUUGAAUGGACUUUUGUUGAGUUUUUCAUAUGCUAUUCAUUGCUUUGGGUCCUUUGAAUCAAAAAGCAAUAUAUAAGUAAAUCAUAACAGCAUUUAAGCAUGCAGUCUAUUAAAAUGUUUUAAAGGAACGAGCAUAUUUUCCCCGAGCCCAUUUCAUUUCUUUAUUGGAUCCUUCUACCCUGUAUUCCAUUUCUCCUGAAUUCUAGUUUAACUAGGGAGAAUAUAUAUAUAUAUACACACACACACACACACACACACACACACAGGAAUUUGUGGCAUGCACAUUUUGCACAUUUGAGUAUUUCCCUCCUCUUCACUUGUAAAGCCCCUGCAGAACAAAACAAAACAAAACAAAAAUCUUGAGGCAAUCACACACAUCAGUGUUCUGGAGGAAGCUAAGUCAAGCCCUCCUCAGAGCUGCAUGUGAUUCUGGAAUCACUGCCUCCAAAAUUGCAAAAUUCUGUUAACAUUGAACCAUAGCUGCUACAUUUACUGGAACUUGAGCAUUGUGAGACCCCUGUAUGGGGCAGUUGUUGUUUGAGAUCCCCGUAUUAAAUGCAAGAACAUUAAGUAGAAGAGGGGUGGGUAAUAAUGUCGUUCUGUCCUUAGUUCUGUUAUAUCUGAAAUCAAUAAAAUAUGGUAAAAGAAAAAGUAGUAGUACACACCAUGCAUGCAGUUUUUUGAACUGUGAAUCAUUUGAUAAACACUUGUGUUUUCUGGACACACAUCCCUUCCCCCUCCCUCCUAAAGGCCAUCUUCUGUUCCUGGUUUCUUACUCAUGUUAACAAUGCAAGUUUUUGGUUUAAGGGUAUAAAGUUGGCUUAAGAGUACAAAGAUUUUUACUACAUUUCAGAGGGGCUGUUUCAUGAUAGGAGAACCGCUGUUCUGCUGUAGCCGACAUUUCUUUGGGCAGGCAACUGCCUCUGGGCUUCCUUCGCUUCCCCGCCCCCCCUUUCCCCUCCCUAGGUCUUGAAAAUGGAUCAGGUGGGUCACUGCAGGGCUGUACAGGAAAAGAGGUUUGAAUGUGCAAAGGCUGCCCAUGUUCGGAGUCUGUUGCUGAGGUUUCGAGUAGCAGAUUCCUCUGGAACAGGCCUCCGGAUUCCUUCCCAAGUCCCCACAAACCUUCGCCCGCUGCCAACUCUCCUGGCUCUGGAGCUCUAAAUUGAGUCCAGCCUUGUUGCUCAUCCCACAAACCCUUUCAUGUCCCACGACCGCAGCCUGAGAGAGGCGCCUCGGUUUCAACAGCAGCAGACCAGCAUGUGUUUACUUAAUUCCUAAGACAUGAUGACAAUGAUCUCUGCCACUAAAAUCGCUUUCUCCCCGCACUCCCCUCUUUAUUAUUUUCAGUUAAAGCCUAUUUCUGAGUUCCUUACAUGCCAUAUGUUGGUCUUUAAUAUAAUUCUUUUUUGUCCCCCUCCCUCCCUCCCUCUCUCCCCAUUUCCCCCUCCCCUUUUAAUUCCUCAGUGCCUUCGGCGUGACCCACGACCAGCAAUGGAAGUUAAAGGAGCAGCAGCUGAAGCUGCAGAUUGCUCAGCUUGAGGCUGCUUUAAAGUCGGAUUUAACAGAUAAAAACAACAUCUUGGCCAGAAUGAAAGCAGAACGAGGUAAAUUGCACUGAAGGACAUUGCAAGGUGUGCAAGCGAGUUUUCCAUUUUUUACUCAGCUGAGAGCUUCACAGAACAUCAGAAGCCGCCUUGGCUCAGGAUGCUUUGCCCCCUUAGCCCAGCAUUUGUCUUCUGUCUGGAAGCUGUUCUCCAAGGUCUCGGGCAGAGAGAUGGCCUUUCCAAUCACCUGCUACCUGAUAUUUUUACCUGGAGAUGCCAGAGACUGAACCCAGGAACUUCUGCAUGCUGUAGCUUCCCACACUUUGGUCUUUUAGGGAAAGGGCCACAGUUCAGUGUUGAGUAUCUGCUUUGCAUGUUGAAAGUCCCUUCCUGCAAAUAGGUUGCAUCCCCUUAUGAGUUCCAUCAGGCAAGCAGAUUCUCAAGUCAACUGAGCUGGCAGUGGAUGGAGUCAUCCCUUCUCUUUCUGCCACUGCCUUCUCUCUCCUUUAGUGUUCCCACCAGUGUAGGGGAUGGGCUUUAGCUCAGCAAUCAAUCACCUGCUUUGCAUGCAGAUGAUCUCAAGUUCAAUUCCCAGCAUCUCUGUGUAGAGCAUGGAGAAACCCCUGGCCUGAAACCCUGGAAAGCCAUUGCAGCAGAAAGUCAGUGUAGCUGUUUGUUUAUAAAAAAAAAUUAUAUCCUGCCCUCAUACAAUAUCCUGCCCUCAUACAGCAAUAAAAUACAUAUUUUAGAUGGACCAACGGUCUGACUGUAUAAAGCAACUUCCUGGCACAACUUGAACUAGGCGCACACACUCCCUCUGGUGGUGUAUCUAGAUUCCCCUCUCACAAAUAUGCUUUUGUUUAUUUUAAAAUGUAAAAGUGUGUUGGAGUGCUAACACACAUGUUUUUGCAUAACUCAUUGCUAGUCCCAAAGGCAAAAUGGGGAACUUCUGGCCUUCCAGAUGUUGCUGGACUUGAACUUCCAUCAUCCCUGGCUGUUGACCAUGCUGGCAGGGACUGAUGGCAGUUGGGAAUCCAACAACAUCUGGAAAACGCUAAGGUGAGUUGAGUCAGGCCAUAGGCCAGUAUUGCCCUGAAUUCUGCUUUCAACAUUGGCUGAGCAAAUAACCCCUAAGAGCCAAUGAAUGAAGCAUGGAGUUGGUACAGUAUAAAAGAACAGCAGCCAUUAAGCAAUGAUGCAAUGGUACUGUUGGCAGUAGGUGACAGUACAGCAGAGAGAACAGACAUGUUCUCGGAGAGAUACUGCCUUGGGUCAUGAAGGUUUGAUUUGGCAAUCUUGGCAAGUAGUUUUUGGUAGGCCUGUUGUAACCCUCAUCUAUAAACACUGGGGAAAAACACCCUUAUUUUAAAAACUAAUGGAUUUAAGGAUCACUCUGAUUGAAUCUGUUUUCUGACUCUUUCAGCCACAAUAGUACCGUUUUCCUUCUUGUUUGUGUCUGAAAAGGACUAGAAACUUUAAAAGAAGCAAAGAAAACUAUCCAGAUCAGGAAUCUGUCCUCUGUGGGCAAAAUGGAAGCAGUACGUGAACAGCAUAUGAGCUGUGGGAAAGAUGCCAGGAAGAGUGUUGAUAAGCAGUGUGGGUCUUGGAGGCAGAUAGUUUCUCCACAGAAGCUGAUUUUGCAAAUCCCGUUUGUUUCUCCUGUCUCUUUCCUUGGCCUUCAAUUUACCAUUGGUAGGCUGCCCUUUGAAAAGGCCCAUGUGUUCGUUUAGAUAACGCAGAACUGUUUUGGUUCCUUGCUUGCUUGCUUGCUUUCCUCCACCCCCACCUCCCUGUUCAAUGUGCAGAUUAGUUUCAGGUUUUGUGAUCCUCUGGGUUAGAACAUUUAAAAGCAGUUUAAUGUUUAAAUUAAUUGCAGGCUUAAGAGCCUCUUUAUUCCAAUUCUUUCCCCCCCUUUUUUUCCUAACAUGAAUGCGUGGGUCAGCACCCUGUGCAUAUUGAUUACAGAUGAUGAUAUUAGCACAAACGGCUUUUGACAGCUGUUUGUUUUACCAGUAGAUUAUCUUAAUCUUUGUUUUCUUAAAUCCCCAUUCUUUUUAUGUGAGCAGGCAAACACUCCGUGCGCACAAUACAGAAUCUUGUUUAAGUUAGACCAAAGGCACAAGUAGCUAUGUUGUUCCAUUAGAACAGUCCCACACAGAAUGAAACAGAAUAUUUCCAUCUUUAGGUUGUUACUACAAGCUGCAGGCUGAGGGUCUUAUCAUGUACAAAAAUAGCUUUUCCUCCAGCCUUUGUUUGCUUGCUUGCUUAAUGCUCAACCCCAAAAAAGAGAGGAACUCAAAAGCUUGCAUCAUAGUUUCAGGGGUUGGGGUGGAGAGUCUUCAGUGUACUCUUUAUUCUUCCUGCUUAAGUUAGAUCAUUACAGCCCAAGUCUUCCCCACAGAAAAUGCUUCCAAACAAUUACAUAUCUGAUCCAGUGUGCUGUAUGUGUUAGAGGGUUGGACAAGGACCAGAAGACCAGUGUUCAAAUCUCCACUCGGCUAUGAGUGCCCUAACAUAAAGGUAAAGGUAAAGGUACCCCUGCCCGUACGGGCCAGUCGUGUCCGACUCUAGGGUUGUGCGCCCAUCUCACUUAAGAGGCCGAGGGCCAGCGCUGUCCGGAGACAUUUCCGGGUCACGUGGCCAACAUGACGAAGCUGCUCUGGCAAGCCGGCACCAGCACAGCACACGGAAACGCCGUUUACCUUCCCGCUAUAAAGUGGUACCUAUUUAUCUACUUGCACUUAGAGGUGCUUUCGAACUGCUAGGUGGGCAGGAGCUGGGACUGAAAGACGGGAGCUCACCCCGCCGCGGGGAUUCUAACCGCCGAACAUGCGAUCGGCAAGUCCUAGGCACUGUGGUUUUACCCACAGCGCCAGCAAAUGAGUUUUAUGUUCUCCUCUGGACUAGAGAAUGCAUAUGUAUUCAGUGAUAGUCCUGUUCAGAGUAAACCCACUGAAAUUAAAGGACAUUGCAUCCAUUAAUUUCACUUGGUCUGUUCUGAGUAGAGCUUAAGCUGUACACAACCCCUUGAUGACUCUGAAGGAAAUGAUUUAAGCUGAAUGUUUGCAGAUUGAGUUGACAGUGUAUUUAUAAGCAUAUAGUUUGUUCUCUCUCUCUCUCUCUCUCUCUCUCUCUGUGUGUGUGUGUGUGUGUGUGUGUGUUUUGGGACUGAAUGCAUAAAAUCAUCAUUAAAAAGACAGGCAUUUUUUUGUUAUUGUUCUAAAAACAUUUGUUGAGAACAUUUAACAUGAUGGGAAAACAGCAGCCCAAAAUAAGCCAAGAACAAAACAAACAACCAGGGUAUAGAUAUGUAGCUGCUUUGUGGUUCUUUGGACUGUAAUAAAGAAUGUGUGUGUGAUAUGUAGCUGCUGAGAUGUCAGCAGAGAAUACUAUCCAGUCUACAAGAUACAAUGUGUAAGAGAUCAAUAAGCAAAUCAAUAAAGCAUUUAUCUCUCUUAGUCAACAAUCUACCACAAUCUUCCCACCUCACCAACUUAUGAACCUAGUUACCCAAACUUGACCUGUCAAUAGAAGGUGGGAGCAUUUCUAUUGAUAUUCCUUCUGGGGAGGGAGAAUAGUAAUCAGGUUUAGGUGAAAUAAGGAUAUGCUGCUGUUUUAUUACUUGCCCUCAAUCUAUGACAUACAUCAACAUUGACUUUAGUAAACACAUUUGAAAGCCCAUGGCUUAUCUUGGGAGAGGAGACCUCCUUUCCAUGUAUCUUAUAAAAUACCUCUACCUCUCUAUUUCUGUGCCCCUUUUCUGUUAAUAUUAUUACCAUAGUAAUCAUAAAAGUAAGAACACAUGACAGAUACACAUUUGGCAGUCGAGAUAUAGCUUGUGGGCAAGCAGUGCCUGCCCUCAGCAUGGCACACAUUAAAAGUGCUCUCUGGGGUCCCAUUGGGUUGCCUAAACAUGCUUGUACACUCACAGCAGGGAAUUCCAAAUCCAGUGCAUCUCUUCAUAUAGCAGUGAGAAGCCACUGCAUGGAAUCCUUUAGUUUUUACAGGCCCAUAGGGUAGGGGUGCUCUCUGAAUGGGUAGAAUUUUAUUGCUGGCUUUCUGAAUCCCACUUAAUGAAUGGGUAAGGAGGGAGGGGGCAGUUCUUUGUUUUAAAUGUACCGAUAUUUGCUUUAAGUAAAAUAGGUUUGAAGACCAUGAUGGCCGUUUCUAGGGUUCUGCUGCAUUUAAACAGAAUCUGUAAUUUUCUUUCUUUCUUUCUUUCUUUCUUUCUUUCUUUCUUUCUUUCUUUCUUUUCGGAGACCAAAAUGAAAAGCUGGCCCAGGAGAACAAUGAGCUGCGGUUGCGCUAUCUAGAGCAGAAGCAACAGCUGGAUGACUUGAGGAACCGCAUGAAGUUUUUCACCAAGGUGAACUUCUUUAGGAAAUGAUAGAAAGGAGUGGGGGGGGAGGCGAAGCUUUUCUAUAUUUCAUGCACCACGCAAAUGUUCCUUUCUUAAAAGCAAAAGAAUUGCAGGGAUAUGACAAGAGUUUACUUAUUCAUGAUAUCCAGCAAAAUGCCAUGUUUUAGCGCGAAUGCACUGUGUAUUCUCAGUGUCUCACUCCAUUAUUCAUUCCUGUCGUACGAUGCCAUCCUAUUGACUGUGUCUGUUUCAGGAGAGUGACAUUGACAUGGCCGAACUCAGCGAGGCCCUCGUGCUUAUCAAGGUAACUUGCAGGAACUGUCGUACGCCGCUUCCCCCCACCCCACCCCACCCCCCAGCUCUCCAAUCCUCUCUCAACACCUGGUGUUUCAAGAAAGGCUUUUCUUGUGCUGCUUUUGCUAGCUAAUGCGUCUUGCUUGUAUGAAAUGGGUAUGUUGCUGUUCAAUUUCCGUAAGGCAGGAGACAGAGAAAAGAUGGCAGCAUAGAACUUUUUAAGGUUAUGUACAUAUUUCAUUGCAACAUCAGAAGUAGAUUAACCUUAAGCCUACAUGGAUUUGCUUUAAAGCUUCUCCCUCCCUCCCUCUCUCUCUCUCUCUCUCUCUCUGAGAGUGAAAACAGUUGCUUUUCGUGUUAUCACAUUGCCCCAGUACAGGUCUGAUCAAAACAACUUUUUGUUUACAGAUUCUGAAGGAUAUGAAAAAUAAUUCCGAAUGAUAUAAAAGCAGGUGCAAAGCUAAAACGUUACACUCUGGAAACAUAAGCAUUUUCUUUUCUCCCCUGUAGCUGAAAACCUGCUAGUUGUUUAUUUAUAAAAGCACUAGAGGGAAAUUUCAUUUUUCUCCUUGCCCUGCUUUGUCGUUUUUCUGUUUGCAGUAUAACUGCAGUGAUGUGAAAGAGAAAAGAAGGAAUAGAAAAUGAUUGGUUUCCUGCCUUAAAUAAUUUUUAGCCGGUCUCUCCCUCCCCAACCCCCGCGCCUGUAGCAUUUGUAGUUUCCAUGAACAAUUACAGAUUAAUAGCACUUUUGCAUAGAAAAUAGUGCUCUUUCCCCAUGCCUUCCUUUAGCAUAAUGAAAUUUAUAUUAAAAUGUGUAUUUUGGAGCAGGCCCUUUAAAGGGUCUGAGAGAUCCAAAGGUUGAGUACUCAUAUGAGGUGCCCUUCUCACUCGGUCCUGUGACAGUGUCCCAGAGUUUCCUCAGUACUAUUUUUCACUGUUCCAUAUGGUCCCUAUCCCAUCUGUAAGACCCAUAAUUUUAGCUUCCCUGCAUUCUCUCCCCACCUUCCCCUGAUAAAAAUGUGCAUACAGUGGUACCUCGGGUUACAUAUGCUUCAGGUUACAUACGCUUCAGGUUACAGACUCCGCUAACCCAGAAAUAUUACCUCAGGUUAAGAACUUUGCUUCAGGAUGAGAACAGAAAUCAUGCUCUGGCAGCGCAGCAGCAGGCCCCAUUAGCUAAAGUGGUGCUUCAGGUUAAGAACAGUUUCAGGUUAAGUACGGACCUCCGGAACGAAUUAAGUACUUAACCUGAGGUACCACUGUAUCAGAGAGUGCUCCUCCAAUGUUGGUCACAGGGAAUUGAACAGGAUGAAAGUAGUUUGUAGCACAGAUAUUUGAACCAGGGACUUCUUUCUUGCUUUUGUACUCAGGCUACAGUAUUGUGCCACUUAUCUGGGAGUAAGUUCUGUUGCAGCUUAACUUACUAUACCAGCUCUUGUUGAAAUUAAUCCCAAUGAACUCAUUAGAAUGUACUUCUGAGUAAAGGCUGCACAGGCAGUUAUUAAAUGGAUCUGAGUUGCUUUUGUUCCUUUCCACGGAACUGAAACAUUUACAAGAUUGGUCUCCAAGCAUAGAUUUAUUUUAAUGCCAGAAAAUGACAGGUCCAUCUGUUUCAAUUUUGAAUAUAUAUAUAUAUAUAUAUAUAUAUAUAUGCUAAUUAUAAUGCUGUCAACUUUUGUGGCUCAGGUUCGUAGGCAGCAAGCAAGCGGCGACCUCAUGUUCUUGGAGAAAGUAGAAGAUGACAUCCAUAAAGACCUGGAACGUUCUAUGCGUGAGCUCCAGGCAACCCAUGCAGAAACUAUUCAAGAACUUGAAAAGACACGCAAUAUGUUAAUUGUACAGCAUAAAAUUAACAAAGACUAUCAGGUAUUUAAUUCUCCACUGUGCAGCUGACUGCUGGUAUCUCUGUCAUUAUGCGUUUUCCUUUUCCUUUUUGUAGAAUCUGAUAUAUUAAGAUUAAUGAAUCUGUGAUUUUGCAUGAUAACCAGGUCUUAAUGAGCUGAAGUCUAUCAGACUGUGCUAUUGUGAUGAGUUGUUUAUUGUAAGAUACGUGUUGUACCACACCAAGAAUUCCCCCCCCACCCUGAAACCAGUCUGUUGUACCUGCUGAAAUACAAAAGUCCCCAUCAGUAUUGGCAUUCCGCCGGCUCUUGAAGACAAACAUUUCCUUGAUCUUAUUUGAACCUUCUGCUUUGAUUGUAGUUUUAGCUGUUAAAUUAUUUUAAUGGACUUGUUAAACAUUUUAAUUAGGGGUGUUUUAAUGUGGUUUUAAUGUGCAUUUUAAUUAGGGGUAGCUGUAUUUUUAUAAUUGGUUUUAUUCUUGUUAUUUUGCUGUUCGCUUAUGUUUUUUGUGAACUGCCUUGGUAUUUUUUCUGAAACCUCUACAAAAGUUGCCAUGUGAUUUUUGCAGAGAGUUUUGGCAUCUAGAAGGAACUCUCCCCAAGACCUCAAAUUUGUUAAAUUAACAAAUUGAUCUACUGUAGCCAAGUGAAAGGGGGAGCUGUUUUUAAAGGGAAGAGAGAAAAAUAAUUAACAUAAGACUAAGGCUGUAUGGGGCUAACAAGCAUAAAAUAUUUUUUUCUCCUUCCUGAGCCUUGUUUGGAUUACAUUUUCAUUAAGGUUUAUUCCAGGAUAAGAUCAGGCAUGGACCUUCGUCUCUUGUUUUCCCCUCCCAUUGCUCUCCCCCUUUGCACCAUGAGGAACAACCAGAUUCAAUCUCCCAUGGGCAAUAGGACCUCCUUAAUUUGGAGCUCAGUAGAAGAGCAUGUGAUUUGUAUGCAGAAGGCCCCAGGUUCUAUUCCCGCUAGGGCUAGGGUAGAUUCCUGUUUGAUACCCUGGAGAGUCAUUGCUGGUCAGUGUAGACAGAAUUGAGCUAGAUGGACCAAUGGGUCUGACUCAGUAUAAGGCAGCUUCCUGUAUUAGGGGACCUAGGCCACAAUCCUAACCCUACAUACAUUUGAGAAAGCCUUACUGAAUUUAGGAUGUGUUUCUGAGCAGAACUGGUUAGAGUAAUUGUCAGAGUUAGUGAAAUUUUGAGUGCUCUGUCUCUCAGUCCACAUCUCCUUGCAGUGAGUGGAACUGGGAGAAGAAACCUGCUUUUCGUCUCUUCCCACCCUCGCCCCCACCACCAGAGAAUUAAUACCAUGGAAGAUAUUAUCUGAACAACAGAUACGUCCUGUCCCAUCACACCCCAUAAUAAUAAUAAUAAUUAAUAAAUAACAAUUAUUUAUACCCCGCCCUUCCCGGUUCAGAAAACCAGGCUCAGGGUGGCUAACAACAAAUUUAAAACACUUAAUUGUAAUACAACCUUCCACACAAACGUUACAUGAAUAUGGGGCCAAUUUCUACCCCAAUAAGAGUGUGUGUGCUUUACUCGCUCCUUUACAUCAUCAGGCAGAAGUAGAAUCUGUGACACAGAAGAUGGAGGCUCUGAGGCAGGAUUACGAGGCAAAACUGGAACAAUAUGUCCAUCUUCUUGACGUUAGGGCUUCACGUAUCCGGAAACUGGAAGGUAUGCUGGUCAGGACUCUGGUUUCAAUAGCAGGAAAUAUCUUGGGUCUGAUUUGUAUCUGGUUGAUAGAUUAGGAGAGUGGAAAAGUGUCAGUUUGAGAUCAGGUUCCAGGUGUAGUCCUCAACACUUGCUUCAUCGUUAGUUAGCUGAAAUCCGCAGGGGGUUAAAGGUAAUAUUCCCUGGCAUCUCUAGUUCAAAAAAGGAGUCCGCAGGUGAUGUAAAAGAACCCUGCCCAAGCCAGUGUUAGUUGGAGCUCGAUAGCCUGACCAGUUUUUAGACAGCUUCCUGUGCUCCUGUUCUUGAGGGCUCCUUUCCUCUGACUGGCAUCCAGAACAAAAGGGAGGACACCAUCCAGUGCUGGGCUCCAGUCAAAGAUGAAUGGGGCAAAGGAGAAUGUUCUCACUGGGAGAGGCCCAGCCAGAGCUGGAAGAAACCAACCACAUGAAAGGAAGAAAAGCUUCACACAGGCAGAUUUUGGAAAGAGCAUUACAGGAUCCUUGUGCAGGCACCCUAAUAGGUCUUUGUGGGGACUCCAGUUAUAAAGGAGGUAGACAAGCAUAUUUCAGUGCUAGUUAAGUUUGUAUAUGGGCUUUACCCUUUAUUUCCUCAUGUGUUGUUUAAGAGUGGGAUCAUGAUUGUUUUGCUAGCAUUUGUAUUUGUGCACAGCUUCAGCUAAGCAGACCUUUCCUUUCUCCAGUCAUCACAAAUGACACUGUGAGGCUCUUUUCCCCAUUGUAUUACAGGGGGACCGAAGCUGAGAGAGAAUGGCUCACUCAGGUCCACAAUGUGACUUAUGGUUAAGGUGGAAUUAAAAGUACAAAUAUCCCAAGACAAAGUGCACUGCUGUUCAGUUUACAUUCAACUGCAGAUCAGCUGAAUUUCGCGUUAUUUGCUCCUAUAGGUUUAUAGAGUGGGACCAAAUUUUUAAUAUUACCAGUGAUUCUGGUUGUCAUGUGCAUAUAUCACAGGGCAGGUAGCCAGUGAAAUUGUCAAAAGCAGCAGAGAGGACAUUAAUGCCAACAAACAGAGUCAUAUCUACUUCUUAUUGUUUGCAUUCCAGCCCAGCUGAAGGAUAUUGCUUAUGGUACCAAACAGUACAAAUUCAAACCAGAUAUCAUGCCAGAUGAUCCAGUUGAUGUGUUUGAUGAAACUGCUCACCUAGAAAGAGGAGAAAACUUGUUUGAAAUUCACAUCAGCAGAGUAAUAUUUUCUGCAGAAGCUGCCAAGUCUUUCGGUGAUCAGGAGCCCACGACUUUCUGUACCUAUGCAUUCUAUGAUUUCGAAUUACAGACAACUCCAGUCGUUCGUGGCCUUAGCCCAGCCUAUAAUUUUACUUCUCAGUAUCUCAUACGGGUGGAUGACUUCUUUUUGCAAUACAUGCAGAAAAACUCUUCCACGCUUGAGAUCCACCAUGCCUAUGGCUUGGACUUUGAGACAGCAGCAGCUUGCCAGCUGAGAUUCCAUGAAAUAUUGGAGAAGAAUGGCAGAAUCUACAACUCAGCCAUGUUAGUUGGUGAGUCUUGGUAAUGUAUGUUGCAGUGUUGAGCUUCAUUGAGCGGCAGCUGGUACCCAUUGGGACUGGCAGCGCGGGAAGCAGGAAGUAGGCGGAGCCAGAGCCAAUUUUAGCUUUGUUCUCCUUCUGCCUUCCUGCUGAGUUCUACAAAGGCAGCUCCGAGAUUAAGGAGGAGGAAGCUGACAGGCAGUGCCACCCCCUGGCCCAGUUGCAAAUAAAAAAGCAAGCAGAUGGGCGCUAACUGAGGUCAGACUGCAGCUGGUGGUGCAGUGCCUCAUACAUCCUUAUGACCCAGCCUGCACUGGCUGCAGUUGUGUAUUUGUUUGCAAUUUUAGGUACGAUGCAUUAGAAAGAAAUACGCACACUCAGAAAGUAGAGUGUGGUAGGAAAUACGAUUUUCUGAAUCAGGAAUGGGGAACCUGUGGCCCUCCAGUUGUUGCUAGAUUUGAGCACCCAUAGGGUGGCACUGUGGGUUAAACCACAGAGCCUAGGGCUUGCCGAUCAGAAGGUCAGUGGUUCGAAUCCCCGCGAUGGGGUGAGCUCCCAUUGCUCAAUCCCAGCUCCUGCCAACCUAGCAGUUCGAAAGCACGUCAAAGUGCAAGUUGAUAAAUAGGUACCGCUCCUGCGGGAAGGUAAACUGUGUUUCCGUGCGCUGCUCUGGUUCGCCAGAAGCGGCUUAGUCAUGCUGGCCACGUGACCCGGAAGCUGUACGCCAGCUCCGUUGGCCAAUAAAGCGAGAUGAGCGCCGCAAACCCAGAGUCAGCCAUGACUGGACCUAAUGGUCAGGGGUCCCUUUACCUUUAAUCUCUGACCAUUGGUCAUGCUGUCUGCGGCUGCUGGGGAAUUCGAGUCAAUUUCCCCAUCUCUGGACAACAUCCACUUUUCAGUUUUGUGAUCUGACUGUUUUUUCACAUCAGAAAGGAAAGACUCAGUAACUGCAAACUUGUGUAGUUACAUUUCUGUGAAUUUCAAUAAAACUAGUUCAUGAAUUAGUGUCACUUCACAUAUUAUGUGGCAACAAAUGCCUGCUUGGAUACACAUAGUGAGGAUCGUGUAUUUUGAUGUAAGCUCUGGAAAUUCCAGUUCAAGCCACCAACAACGUAUAUAAGUUUACAGGUGGCCUGAAUCAGAUAGCUAAAUGUAUGUAUUUUUAUGUUUUCUUACAUUUGUAUCUGCUCUUACCUCUGCUGUGGAGUCCAAGGUGAUGUACUUGUGGUUCCUAAACCAUUACUCAUCCAAGUACUGAUCAGACCCAGACCUGCUUAGUCAGGUGGUGGCUUUAGGUGCCUUCAGACCAUACCUUUGGACCUUAUAAAUAAAUUCCUUUGUUAGUAGAUCAAGAACCAGUUGUCAUUCAUAUUGGUAGAUCUGAGGUCACCGCAAAAUGCAGUAUAAUUGAGACAUCAAAAAAAGAUAAACAGAUGUUUCUACUUGUUAAUUAUGGAUUGAUCAAUAUUUAUGUCAGAACAUUAAAGGUGCAGGCAUAGUUUUGUUUCAAUAAUUACCAUGAAAAUAUCAAAUUCCCAUUGUGGUCUACAUAUUUAUUGGCUAUUGAUGGGUCACGAUGGAUUUUCUUCCAACUAAAGCUGCACUAAAAAAAAGAAAGCAUUAAAAAUAUUAUCUAAUCGAAAGCAUGACUCCCAUUACCAGUAAAUCAGGAUUGGACUUUUACAUUCACUAUCGAAAAUGAGUUCCUCCUGCUACUGGUAUAUUGAUUUAAAGGGAACUAUGCAGGCUUAAACUCAUAAUCUUAGCUGCAGCUCUUUGCAAACAAUUGCUUUGACCAAAGGAGUAAGAAAUCAGAAAUCGGUCUUGCUUAUACCUACCCAGAAGGUGUGGUGGGGAGCAGUUUUCACUUCAUGUCUAAACACCAUUAAGAAAGGGGCUACCCAGCUUUCCCAAAUAAGGAUUUCCAUAACCUUGGCACCAAAAGAGAUGUCAUCUCUUGGACAUCCAUGAAUCUUCUCUGUUGAACAUAAAACAGUGCGCUCCCAUUAUUACACUGAUAACCUUUGCAGAUGCAGCACUACUAAUUUCUAACUGGGGUUGUUGGACCUGUGGCCCUCAAGUUGUUGUUGUAUUCCCAUCCGCUAUAGCCAGCGUGGUCAAUGGUCAGGGCUGAUGGGAGUUAUAGACCAGCAACAUCUGAAGUGCCACAGAUUCCCCAUCCUGCUCUAAAUCAUGGUUAAGCAGGACAUAUGUCCUGCUUCUAGUGCUGGAGCAAAAGGAUAAGGGGUGACCCAAAAACUGCCUUUGUAUACUGAACAACAGAUCGUAACAGCAUCAAGCUUUGAAUGAAAUUAAGAUUGCAAACCAUAUUGAGCGAGUCCGUUGACUGCACAAUCCAAAUCAAAAAGAUCGUUGUUUUUAUUAUUCUGUGCCAGAAUGGUGAUCAUUUUGGGACAGUGUGUUUGGAGUUCUGGUGUCCCAUCCCACUUUCUCUACUUUUAUUAAACAUCUUAUUCAAUAAAACAAUACAGUGCCACAUCUCCCUCUGCAAAGGUUACUUGACACUCCACCUGAGUUUUUCAAAGUUUAUUGUUACUGACAGAUUUUGUUGUGAAUGUACGAUUUUCUGUGCUUUAGUGAUGUGUUUUAUUAAUACUGGAUAAAUUGUUCUCUUGAUCUCUGGAUCGUUCUGUGCACAAAAUGAAGGGUGGGUUGGGGCAUGUUUGCAUUUGUUGACAGAACUGGAUUUGGAUAAGAGAGGUCUGGAAUUAGGCUUUUGGCUUUGCUGUGAUGGUAGAUGGAGAUCUUCAUAAGCCUGAAAGCUGGAACACUUGACUCUCUAACUUCGUGAUGUAUCACAUGUUUUAUGUUUAGGAGUUGGACGAAGUGUCCGAAACUAUGGCACUGUGGAAUACUGGGUCCGGUUAAGAGUUCCCAUGGACCAGGCAAUCAGGCUGUAUAAAGAGCGGGCAAAAGCCCUCGGAUACAUAACGACAAAUCUAAAGGACCAGGCAAGCUCAAGAAUCUAGAUUUGUUUUAUUAACCUUAUCGUUGUGGCCAUAAUUCUGUUUCCCUUCAUGUCACUGUAUGUUGUAGCAUUUUGUUUAUAUGUCUUUUUUCCAUACGGGUGUGUUCCUAUAGAAUUUCUGGUUUUGCCUUAAAUGCUUUGCCAAGAUGUGAACUCAUAGAUCUGCUCACACGUGUCCCAGGUAAUCCUCCAGAUUUAUCACCCUAGCCAAUAAUCCAUGCAUCCAUUGGUUAUAGGAGGAUUCAGUAGCAUAGCUCCAUCCUACGCUAGCAGACCCCAAAUCAUGGACACUGAGAUGAGACCGUGGGAAGAAAGUAUAACAGUGUUUAGACACAUUGAUGAAGGAUAAUGCUAUCAAUGACUACUAGCCAUGAUGGCCGUGUUCUGCCUGCACUAUCGGAGGCAAUAUGUCUUUGAAUUUCAGUUGCUGGGAAUCACAAGUGGGGAGAAUGCUAUUGUGUUCAGGGUCUUCUAGUGGGCUUCCCAUAGGCAUCUGGCUGGCCACUGUGAGAGCUGAGUACUAGGACAAGGUGGGCCCUUGGCCCGAUCCAGCAAGGAUCUUCUUAGGUUCUUACAACAAAGAAUAACAAAGUUUAUGGUGGGUCACCGGUUUUCCUAGUGGAAUUAGCAGGAAUAAGGAGGAGGAGAAAGGGACUUCAGAACCAUUAAGGAACAAGCCACAAUAUUCUUUUUAUAGAUGUCCUUUGUUUAAAACAAUGACUGCCAACUUCUGGAGUUUGCAGGACUAGUUUAUUCUUGAAUAAGCUGCUUUCAUGACAUCAUCAGUCCCAGCAGGAAGAUUCCUGCUUCCAGCUUGAGAAAGUGACUGGGAGGAAUACAUUGUUCUGCACAUCAGAUAAUGAAGGUGCCAUAGUAGAAGCUGUGACCGACAUUCAUUAAUUCUUAGAAUAUACCGUCUCAAAUUUGUUUGUGCCAUUUUUAUUAUGCCCUCCUUCCAAGGAGCUCCAGGUAGUGUACAUGGCUCCCCCUUUUUAACCUAACAACAAUCAUGUGAGGUAGGUUAGGCUCCGAGUGGCUGGAUCAGCCCACAACCUUCAUGACUGAUUAGGGAUCUUUGAACAUGCCUCUCCCCAGUCCUAGCCCAGUACAUCAAAGUUAAUGCCAGUUCGAUCUUUGUGUGCAUUUCAGCUUGCCAGUGUGUCUAUAAGUCUCUCUUCACCUAAUUAGCUUUUUUCUCCUCCUGUUAAAACAGCCAGUGCUCAGUCCUGCCCAAGUCAACACUUCAGCAGAUGGAAACUUAAAUGAGCUUCACAUUACAAUAAAAUGUUGUAGCAACCUACAGUGCCGAAAGAGAAACCUCCAGCCAAAUCCUUAUGUUGUCUACAAGUUCUUUGAUUUUGCGGAUCACGAUACCGCCAUCAUUCCUAGCAGCAACCACCCGGAGUUUGCCGAUCAUAUGUGCUUCCCAGUGCCAAUGAAUGCAGACCUCAAUUGCUACCUAAAAUCUGAAUCCUUGAGUCUGUAUGUUUUUGAUGACAAUGAAACAGAAGAUGGGGUUUAUCUAGGAAAAGCAAACGUGCCUUUAAUUUCAUUAUCACAUGACAGAUAUAUCUCUGGUAAGAACCUUUUGCCAAACUAUAAAACUAGCUGGUAUAUUUAAAUUUAAAUUGUUAUAUUUUGUUGAAAUACCAAGCUCAGCUUGGUCAUUGCUUCCCUGCUAGCUCUUAAUACCAGCAUCAUGUCCACAUUGCAGCUGUUGUACCUUUUAAAUCUUUUGAAUAUUUUAAAUAACUUUCAAAAAACUCACUCUGGCUUUCUCUCUGGCUUUCAGCCUCUUCUGAAACGAACGACAGUUGUUCAAGAGCCCCCACACAGGUCCCAUUCAUUCCCAUGUAGGUCAUGCAGGAGAACUUCUAAAUGUGUGGUUCCCUAAGGCCUCUGUCAUAGUUAACUUUGAAGUAAUUUCCAUUGGGGGGGGGAUGGGGCUUACUUCCAAGUGCAUACGUGUAUGGGUGGGAUCUUGGUGAAAAUUGGUUCCACUCCUCCAUGCUAACUGAUUUACUAAUUGUAGUUCAUUGCUGUUAUGAUAGCAAAGGCCCUUCUAUACAAUUACAGCUUGUAUAAUUCUGUUAGACUGUGUCUUUUUAUAAUAAUUUACUUAUUUAUUUUGCACUUAUAUUCUUCCAUCAUGGAACCCAAGGCAGCAUACACAUUGUUCCCAGGUGCAGUGGCCAGGGCCAGCCCCGCAAGAUGGUGCUUAGUCAACAUACAAAAUAUUCAGAAAACCAACUCAUAUAUUUGCUCUUGUACUUAAUUUCAGGUACCUUUGAGCUAACGGAUGAUAAAGGCCACUCCACUGGUACAAUUAGUGUUGAACUAAAAUGGAAGUUUGCUUACCUCCAGCCAGCUGGUUUGAUUGUUGCUGCAGACCUAGCAGAUUACAUCCAGAAUGAGAAACCAGUGAAGGGCCAAGGAGAAGGUCCCAUCCUGGCUCCUUCUUUCUCGUCAGCACCAAUGGUAUGAUGUUUAAGUCUUCCUUUUCUUUUUCUUUUUUUACUAAAGAGUAUAUAUGUGUCUCCAAAUGAAAUGAAAUGGUGGUUGGAUACCCACCCAGCCCAAUUUUCCAUCACUGGAGCCCCAUGUCUCUUUUUAAAAAUGAAUAAACCUAGACAAACGUGCACUACUGAAACACAUUUUGAUGAGCAAGCUUCUCCCAGCUUACCAAAGUAUGGACUCAUCUCAGUUGCUCUGGCUCAGGCUCAGUUCCAAUUUGGCAUGCAUUAAUUCUUUUAAGCUCAGACCAUUCCAGUUGAAGGCCCUGUCACACUCCUAGUGUGAUGGAAUUGGGACUCAAGAUCCCCAAAGACACCCCCCCCCAACACAGAGAUCUAGGAAUCUGUCUUAUACUGAGUCAGCUCACUGGUCCAUCUUGCUCCAGUAGCAGCUCUCCAGGGUGUCAGUCGGGGAAACCCAGCCCUGUCAGAAGAGGCUAGGGAUUGAAUGUGGGGGCCUUCUGCAUGCAAAGCAAUUGUUCUGCCACUGAGUCACAGCCCUAUUGGGGAAUGAUUGUUGUGAAGCUUCCCAACGUUUGAAGAACUACUGGCCCAAUCCACUGAGUGAGAAACACUGAGAACUAAGCAUCCAUUACAAGUAGGAUCCCUGGGGAAUGAAGUUUGCAGUGCUUCCCAGCUCAGUAGUUUGGACCAGAAAGCAGAUUGGCAUAUUCCAGGCUUCUUAACUCUUCUGAAUUCAGGGGGUGUGGGGUGUGGAAGACAGUGCAUUUGAACCCAAACUGCAUUAUCAGGAACUUUGCUGGUACUGCUAGCUUUUGACUCAAGUCUCUUUGUUCCUUAGAGGCCACAGCCUAAGCCAAGACAGCGCCCAGCUGCAGCAGACAAGAAAGUAUCAUUUGUGGAGGUGCACACGCUGCCAAAUCCAGUGAGUCUGGACUUUUUCUCUCUCUGUGUGUAGAGCACAUUUCUCCAGGCAACCUAAAAUAGGCUUUUCAAAUAGCUCUGCCUUUUCUACUGAGUGACUAUAAGAUCUUAAGGUCUAUGAGAUCUCCAAGAACUAGGGGAUGGAAAAAGUGGGGCUAUAUAAUCAAGACAGAAACAAACUAGCUUCCUUGAUGAAAGGGUAAUGAUGUUGGGGUUUCAGGGAUAGAAUUCCAGAAAUGGGGUGCCACCACCAAAAAGGUUGGUUCCGUCUCUCCCUCUCUCCCCCCUCCCUCUCUCUGCAAUAGCUUUUUCUCAUGUAGGAUUACACUUGUGUUGUCUUUAGGUCCAGUUUGUUGAUGUUCCAUGACACUGACUGCCUAAUAAACAGUUGGUCUGUUUUAUCAGGAUCCCCAAACUUGGCCCUCCAGAUGUUUUGGGACUACAACUCACAUCAUCCCUAGCUAACAGGACCAGUGGUCAGGGAUGAUGGGAAUUGUAGUCCCAAAACAUCUGGAGGGCCGAGUUUGGGGGUGCCUACUCUAAGUGAUGUCUUACUGUGUUUGUCUGUUUAACUGAAAUGGUUAGCUGCUUUGAAUAUAAAUAUUAAAAACUGAGUAGAAAUAUGCUGAAUAUUUUUAUUCAUUCUUAAAGCUUUAACAAUAUUUGUAUGCUACCCCAUAACAAAAAGUUAUCUGGGUGGCAUAAAAAGAACUUCUAUACAAAAUGAAAUUUAUACACAAAAAACAUAAAUAAAGCAAGAAAACAAAACUCUCCACAACUCCCAAAGCUAAAGCACAGAUUUAAAGACUGUGAGAACCAGAUUGCAUUAAUUAUUUUUAAAGGACUGAGUGAACAUAAAGUUCUCUUCCUGGCACUAAAAAGAUUACAGGGAAGGCACUAGGUGAAUCUCUCUGGAAAGGUUGUUCUAUAGCAGAGUGCCACUACCAAAAAGGCCUUCUCUGUGGUGGCUACCGAUUUUACCUGUUAAAAAAGUGACCAUUGAGUUUUAAGAAAUGCUGUCUAUAUUUGCCUCCUAAUAACUUUAGAGUCCCAUUCCUGAAAAAGAAGAUCAAGAGACUGAGCAGAAAAAUAAAGAUGAAAGGCCCGAUGUUUCAAACAUUCCACAGGUACAAGAAAUUUAAAAUCCACUAAUUCAAGAUUUUAUUUCUAAUUUUAUGUGGUGCUGAAAGCGUUAAUUGAUUGUGUAAUCAAUACAUUUAAUUUUGGAUUCGAAAUGAUGGCUUUAAUUUAGUCUUAGAACUAUACCAUGGAUGGGAAACCCUUCAGGUCCGAUUCCCAUGAGCCCCGGUCAGUUUGGCCAGUGGUGACAGAUGAUGUCAGUUGUAGUCCUAACAGGAUGGUUGGAAAACAUUUUAUGUCUCUGCAUACAGGGAAUAUAUGCUGGCUGCUUUUCCAAAUAGUGCGAGGUUGUCCGCAGUAUUUAAUAGCAAAAAUAUAAUAGCAUAGUUAAACCCUUUAGGUAAAUCACCUUUGUGGCAGGGUGAUUGUGGGAUCUCAGCAGAUCUAUCAGCCUGGGGUAGGCAAGGAUGCUGCAACUAUAGUAACUCUGUGCAUUCCACUUAGAUAGCAGACUGCCCAUUUCGAAGGAAGGUUAAGAGAUUAGACUGGUUGUUCUUAGUUACAGGAAAGUAAUUCUCUCUCCUACUCCCUAUCCCUGGAUUGGUCAUUUGACAAGCUGCUCUGAAAUGAAUGGCAAAAAUUCUACAGGGAAAAGAGAAAGCUAGGCAUUGCAAAUUGAAUGCUUUAGUGAAUGGCUUUAUACAGGUUUACAAGACAUGUCAUGUUAUAUAUUAAAGAACCAAGAGUGCAGUGCCAAGAUGGAUUAGAGUUCAUGGAGUCAGUCUCCAUAGCGCUUCCGCUGUGGGCCGCUGUCCAAGUUGGAAGUUGCAUUCACAGCACAAAACAUUCCUAACGUGAGAGUGUAGGGUGGGAAAUUCUCAUACAUCUGACCUGCUGCUUACGCUGGAUGCAUUUGAAUAUAUCAAGAACUCAACAAGCAAGUGGAACUUACCCUCUCCCCCCCCCAACCCCGCCCAGAUUUCAAACCUCUUUUAUAGAAGAUGCAUAAAUCUCAGCUGUCAAAUUUAGCAGGUUGGAAAUCAGACCUUAAAGAAACAGAUUUUAAGUUUAAAAACCGUGUUUGUGUAAAAUUAAAUGCUAACAAUAGCUUUAACGGUACCAUGUAUGAAGGCUUCUGUAAUCCGUACUCCAGCUCACGCCAGAAACACAAGCAGACAGAAGAAUAGGAAAACCCACAGCCACAUUUCAGCGGGAACAGGAGGAUCUUUCUCAGCUCUCUGAAGGUCAGUUUGCUGACCAGAGCUCAGCUACUUCAGGAGAUGAAACCGAAAUUACUGAGGAACUGGAACCAGAAGGUAAUUUUCUGCUUAUACAACGUACCUCUGCUUCGCUCCCUAUUAGACAUAUGAUGUUGAAAGUAAAGGCAGCCAGAUCUGUCAAUGUUGGUUUCUCUCACUUCUCUCACUUUUCCAAUAUUCAGUUCAUCCCAUUUCUCCCUCAGUUUGCAACUUAAAAAAAAAAGUUUGCAUAAAAAUUCAUAUGCAUUUUGUGCACAUUUCACCCAAUAUACACAGGUCGGUGCACAGAUUCGCCUCCCAUGUACAUUUUUGCCAGCUAUUUACCCCAGUCUUCAUUUUUGUUUGCUAUUUUCACUAAUACAGGCAUCCUUGUACAGUCAUACCUCUUGUUGCGUUUGCUCCAGGCAAAAUCUUUUCAGGUUGUGUCCCGCGGCAACUCGGAAGUACCGGAACGGGUUACUUCCGGGUUUUGCCGCUCGCGCAUGCACAGACGCUCAAAAUGACGUCACACGCAUGCACAGAAGUGGCGAAUCGCGACGCGCAGACACAAGUUGUGUUCUGCUCAUGUUGCGAAUGGCGCUCCAGAACAGAUCCCGUUCACAACCAGACGUACCACUGUAUCUACUUUCACACAAUUAUGCAUUUUUGUUUGUGAACUAUAUCACAAAAUUCAGGGAACAGCAAAUUUGAUAGGGCAGUGGGGUUAUAGCAGGGGUAGUCAACCUUUUUAUACCUACCGCCCACUAAUGCAUCUUUCUUGAUGGUAAAAUUUCCUUACCACCCAACAGUGCUCGAUGGAAGGAAGAUUCAGCUUGUGCCAUAAAACCCCUACUGCCCACCUAGAAUCCUGAAAUGCCCACUAGUGGGCGGUAGGGACAAGGUUGACAACCCCUGGGUUAUAUGCAUAUUGGGUUGGGAAAUGUGAAUUUGGUAGUUCCAGUUAAAAUGCAAACAGAAAUAAUUUCUCCCCAUCCUAAGCUGACUGCUGAAUUAACUUCAGCAGAGGCCAUUGUUCUGCUCUCUCACAUCUGUAGCCAAGUUGGAGUAGUUGGUGUGUUAGACUAAAAGAAUAACGUCCAGCUUUGUAAUAAUUGAGAAAGAAGGUGGGAGGGAGUUUCCAGCCAAGUUCCAUGAAAUAUUAAAGGAUGCUGGCUUCUGUUUUAAAAUGUCUUUAUAUUCUCUCUUCAGAAGAGAGAUUCCUCUUUCAGAAGAGGUGCUGUUCUGAAGACUAUUUUGAAGUGUGUGGUCCUUUUGUCUGCAGAUAGCAACCACUCAUAAUGUCAAAGAGAGGGAGUCUCAGACAAUAAGAGGCUAGUAUAUGACCUAUCACAUAUCUCUGGAUGAAAGGAGCUAGAAGCAUCUUAAUGCAAAGAAUGCAAACAUCCCAGGUCAUGGUCAUUACUAUUACUAUUAUUAUUAUAUGUUUACUGUAUAGGAAGCGAACUGAGAGACCUUCUAUUGCAGGCCCAGAUUCCAUUCAAGCGCCAUUGAAACAAACAGCGUUGCAGGGAGAACAGCAGUUUCUGAAUUCCAGUAACAACCAGAAGCAUAAAUUGUCAUGUGCCACAAAGCUGUUUUGCAUUAUAGGACCUAUUCAGACCAGGAUUCAGUGUUCAGUAGAGGCCUGCAUAGAUGAUCAGUUGAACCAGUGACCAUAAAAGGAGAGCAUAGUCUAGCUAUUCCAUGCAUGUCCAUCACUUGAUAACCUGAAGUAUUAGUGUCACUUUGUAUGUAUGAAUGGGCCAUUUUGGUUGUAGCACCACAAACUUUCAUAUCAAUCUAGGGACAAUUAGUUCAAAGGAGUUGGUUCACAACUUCUGCUGUCAAUUAUGACGUUUACAGUAAUCUUGUUGCGGGGGGGGGGGGGGAAACAAGCAGUAGACACAUCUAUGUGAAAUAGCCCCAUUUCCUUGUAUCCCCAAAUUCCCACAUACAACUGCAUUAUGUGGACAACUCAUGAGUUGUUAAAGGGUGAUAAUGACCAACAUCCCAUUCCUACAAAACAUUGCAAAAUGGCUAGUCCUCAGGGGCUGCAUGGUCAGUGUAACUGCUGUGAAAUGCAUUGUUUGUGAACAAUUUCUUCAAGUUGGGUAGUGGUUUUGUGUAAUAAAUUAUAUUUGUGCUCCUGGAUUGGCACAUGAUAGUAAACACUUAUUUGUAUAAUCAUCCAAUAAGCUAUUCCCAGGGUUGCAAUAUCCCCAGUGUGAACACCUCCCUGGAGUGUCACCUUUGUUAACUCCUUUGGUGGUAAAGUAAUAAAUCAUCAUUCCUUUGGCAAAGGAGACCCAUAGAUGUGAUAGAAGCUGUCCCCAGCAGAUUAUACAAGUAUGUAAAUAAGUUAUGGGUAAAUAAACUGGAACCUGCACACCACAGGGAAGCCUGGCAUAUGGAAUGACAACUUGAUCUCAGUUAACCUUGGGAACUGACAGGGAGCAGCACUGUCCCCUGAACUAAAGCCAUAUGAAUGCAUGCAAAGUCUCAGCAAACUUGAUAUGAAUUGUUCAGUAUAGGCUUGGAGGCCAUGCAAAAUAUUCAGGGUUUGGUCUUUUCUUUUCUUUUCUUUUAAAUAAUCUCUUACUAUGAAUGAAUUGGUAACACUGAAUCUCUCCAAGUGCCAAAUCAAAGUGAAACGAGGCCUGAAGAGGAAUCGGGUGAUUCUGCAGACCAUUUAAUGAUAAUUGAUUGGCCAGUGUCACGUUGUGUCUGCAAGGAAGAGAAAUCGUACACCACUCUGUGGAACUAUUUCCAUUCGCUUUUAUACCAUGUGUUUUAACAGUUUUCUUUGACCAUCUCAACUGGACUUAAUACUGGCUAUGUGUGUGUUUGUUUGUUUCUGUUCUGAUUGUUUUCACAACAGACCAAGAUGAUAGACAGGCAACUGAUGCUGUUGAAUCAGUGACAGAUAGUGAUGACUGUAUUGUCCCAAGUUCAGUGUCCACAAGCCUUAAGCAGGUUAGUCUCUCUCUUUGUGUAAUUGAAUUCUUCCGUCUAUACCUUAUCAAAGGCUUUUUAACCCUCCACCCCACCCACUGAUAUUGGACUUAGAAUAUCAAGAAGGUUGUUCAACUUCUAAUUAGUCCUUUGUGAAUACUAUUAGAGAACAGAAUACCCAUUUGUGGCAUGGGGAGGGGCACUGGUGAGGUUUGAUGGAGGGUGUAUGUGUCUGUAUGUGACAAAGAGUGGGGGAAUUUUCUAACUUAUUUCAGGCUUCCUAACGUCUUUCUUCAAAAUCUGGCCUUGAAUUUUUAGUGUUGUGCCUACAAUGAUUGAUAUCAGCCUGAUUAUAAUGUUUAGGCACUAGCUUAGAAAAAAACGCAUGUGCAACAUCUUAGCCCGUAACCAGGCACAUUAAACAAUGUUUCGUGCUUGAUUGGCUUCUUGUCUAUUCAUCAUCCCUCACAGGGAUUUUGAAAUUCUGCCACCUAUCUAAGCCAGACAGAGAGAGAGAAAUUAUUUUAAUAGCUGGAACUGUAUUAUGAUUAACUGCAUAUUCCAUGCCAUCAAAUUCUUUUAAGCUGUAACAAUGUGAGCCAAAUAGGAAAAUUACUCAUUGCCAAUGAGCCCUGCAAGAAUGCAGCUGGGUCUACAAAUCUCUAGUAUUGUUGCACUCUAUUAUAACCAGAAUGAUUUAGGAGGACUUAAAAUAUCUUGCAGCCUCUAAAGAGCUUGGUGCGUGGGUCUUUUAUUCCUAUCUUUCUCCACUCAUCUGCCCAAGACGAAAUGUAGCAACUGGUCCAAGAUGGAGAAAAAAAUCUUAAUUAUCAAGGGCACAGUCCAGUUCUCCAUAAGUGAUUCAUGAGCAGCGGCUGCCCUGCUCACUUCAGUGUCAGGGGCAAACUGGGAUACCAAGAUGUCAUUACAGAGUAUUGCUGCCACAUCUGUUAAACUAAACUAGUGGCAAUUCUUUGGGCAUGACCUGCCACCUGUUUUAAGGGAAACUUUUGUGCUCAGUUCCCUUUGCUGUGAACAGUGAAGUCCUCGCAUGCUCUGGAGCUCCUGUACAUUUAGGCAUCUGAUGGACUAGGACUGUUAAGUGAAAGUUAAGUCCCACUUGAACUCAGGAGAUUUGCUUCAGAUUAAUGGGGAUAACCCAGCCACUUCAAAGUCUCAUUUGUUUCAAUAAGUCAAUAUUAAAUAUGUGCUUCACCUCUCCCUUUGACUUCAGUGGGACUUAGGCAUGCUUGAUGUAUGCUGAAUUUGGAAGGAAAUCCCACUGAGCUGAAGAUGACUCUUAAAAGGGGCGAGGGGACUUUCUCCUACCUAAUAACCCCCAUCCAGCAGUUCUUUCUACAAAUGGGAACUCUUAUACUCAAGAUGCAAUUAUUAUCUGAUGUUCAAGGCAGGUGUUAGAGACCAAUGGCCCUGUGGAUGUUGCUGGAAUACAACACCCAUCAUCCAUGAUAACUGGCAGUGCUGAUGGGGCUUGUUGGGCUGUGCAACAUCUGGAGGGCCACAUGUUAUCCAACCUUGAUUUAAAAGGAUAUAUUAAGAACCGCCACUAAUUCACUAAUCUGAGUGCUCGUGCGUGCAUCUCUGUACCAUCUACUUCAACUAGCAGCAGAUCUUUGAGGUUCCUGGCCUGCUACUUGAGGCCUUUCUUGUGUGUCAUUUAAAGCAGAGAUAUCAUAGCUUAAAUGUGCUGUGCCACUGGGCUAUGGUUCUCCCCUUGAAAUUGCUUCUGUUAUAGCCGUUUGCCGAAGUGUUUGCAAUAGCAGUUACAGCUACGAUCAAAAUCUCUAGAUGGAAGAAAGCCAUUACACCAGAAAUGCCUAGUUGGUUGUAGGAGGGGGAAAAACCUAACUAAAACCUUUGUUCAAGAUCCAGCUUCUUAUUUUUAUCAGUGAGAUAAAUAUCCCCAAGGCUGUUCCAACACUGUAAACACAACUUCCGAUUUUAUUUAGAGAUUGCCUCGCUAAUUAUCCUGUGAAUCCAAAUGGCAAGCCACAUUGUUUCAGCCACUUAAGAUUAUGCUGUUCCCCUUUUGCAGGUUGCAAAUCAAACAGUCCAUGGUUAUUUCUUAGUUAUGUUGAUCAUAAAAGGAAUCUUAACAGAUAUUUUUUUCCACCCAGGAUUUAACUAUACCACUUGCUUUUUCGCCUUCUUUUUCUUGUCUGUUAUGUAUAAUUAAUCAUAGAUUACUUCAUUUUGUUUCAUUGCAUUUACAACAUUUAUGAGCUUCGCUUUGUCGGUAGGAAAUGCUUGUCCCCUUCUUUUUCCUUUCCAAAGUGGCGUAAUUAGUGUUAGCAUCUUUUUUAACAGGCUACAUAAAGUUUAGUGGCUGGAUUAAAUCAUGUCAUUAACAUAAUGUGCUAUACAAUUUGCCCCUAUCUCUUUUCGUUUCCACUACAUCAAAGUGCCACAGAGUGCCAACGUAAUUGGGCCUUGCUAGCUUGUCAGGUUGAGUCAAGAUGAUGACUGGUGCUUUUGCUAAAAAAAGCUUCCAGGCAUGAUAAUUAAUGGAAGGGGGAGGGAAAAAAUCAGGGAAAUGUAAAACUUUGGAUGGUUCUUUAUGAAUAUUUCAUACAUUUGAAUAAUCAGAAGUUAACAUUAUCAAUUUGAUGUAUAAUACAUUGAUUAAAAGCCUUGUUACAGGCCCUCGAAAUAGACAUCAGAACUGGAAAUUUGCAUUUUCUUUGGCGGAGUCUAAAAAAGAAAUAAAAUAAAAUUAACAAUUGCUUGCUCUCAUCUCCACCUCUGCACUUGAUCAUUUUGAGUAAUAAUAUAGCUUUCAAUUAUCACAAUAAAAUUUUACUGCUGUCAGCUCUCAAGUUAUCUUCAAAUGUGCCCACAAGGCAAAUCUUAGCAAAACCAAUUUAUUCCGUGGUGGUCUCAUUUUCCUCUAGGUGUGUUUACAUCUUUUCUCCUUCAUUAUAGAUAGUCUUUGUGUGCUUUUCUUGCACUAAUAGCAGUUUAGUGAAAACUGUCAUAAUCACUUUCCUUAAAUUAAGAUCUUAGGGUUCUUAAUUAAUUUGGACAUUCGGCAUUCUUUAAAGAGCACAAGGCAGCCUUUCCAGGUGGCUGUGUUUCUGCAGAGCACCAUAUGUUGUAAAAAAAACCCCAAAGAAGACACUAAGUUAAAUUGGGGGUCCUGGAAAAGAAAAGAAAAAAGCUAGCUUUUGUUUUGGGGGUUUUCUAAUAUAUCUAUUUUUAGACUUUAUAACUACCCGGUCCACCUGGGCUAUAGUUGGACAAAAAGAUUAUGAGCUUCAGAGGAAUAAUUUUUUUUAAUGCGCUCAUGAACCGCAAGAAAGCAUGAUUUAUUGGUUUGUAGGUAAAUGUAUUAAGUUGAAACGCUUUAACUUCAAUUCUCCUAUAAUUAUGAUAAAUCAGUGUUUUUUGGAUGCCUCUUUGAAAGCUGUUCAGCUGAAAAUGGCUUACAGGGACUGCAUUCAGAUAUGACGCUCAACCAUGGUUUAGCGUUAUUAGAAUGAGCCAUGACAAGCCUUUGGGUUCACACCCUCCCUUCUCCUCUGAGUGUGAGAAGAUUGAAUGCUUCCAUUUCUAGUUGUGAGUAAACUGCAGUUAGCCGUUAGAGCCAAAAUUCAGGGAAAUGGUGGAUUAUUCUAAUUGUGAUUAAGUCAAAGAAAGCAAGAUCAGACCAUCCUUUCAGAUCCAGCUAGAACAAGCCACAUUUUCCUGAGUUCAGGAAGGGGUAAAGCAUAUGGAAAAGGGCUGUGUCUCUGGCUCCAUUUCUGGUGAUGCACAGUUUUCCACAACCCAUCCGCACGUUAGCAUGGGGCGCCCUUGGUGUGUAAAUCUGCUAUAUGCAUAACCUUCCCCAGAUCACUCAGGAGCCAAGAAAAGGCUACCAAUACCUCUGUAUUGGUGCGAAGACUUCCCUGCCUCAGGCAUCGACUCUAAUGCAUGGUGGGCAGAGCCAAGAGCCGCCAUGCUUUAUUGGUGGCAGGGCCUACAAUGCCAUUUCUCCUUACCUCAUGAGCUGUGGAGGAGAAGGGACCUAGAGGAAACCAUCUCACCAGGAAACUUUCUUAUAAUGUUAAUUUGGUUUAGCAUGAUUUCUAAACUAGUCCAAAUUCUGAAAACGCAGUGGUACCUCGGUUUUCAAACGUCUUCGUUGACAAACAUUUCGGUUUUCAAACGCCGUACAUGCUUCAGUUUUCGAACACACCUUGGAAAUCAAACAUGCCACGCAGAUUCCGCUGAGUGCAAGAUCCAAUUUGCAACCAACUUGUUUUUGUGACUUUCUGCGCCUCGGUUUUCAAACGUUUCAGAACUUGGUCUUCCGGAACGCAUUACGUUUGAAAACCGCGGUACCACUGUAACAAUAUUGAGUUGCAUCCAACCAAGUUCUGUUCAUGGUAGACCCACUGAAAUUCUAAGUUAGUCAUUCCCACCCAUUUCAGUGGACCUACUUUAAGUAGAACUAACAUUGGCUACAGCCUAUUGACGUUUGGGCCCACCCAGGGGUUCUGUAUGUUGUCCUUUGUUUGCACAGCAGGGAAUCUGAUACCGGCUCGAUAUUGCCUGCAUUGACUGGAAGUACCUCUCCAGGUUUGCAGGUUGGGGUUUCUUUCCCAGCCUUCCAUGGGGAUUGAACCUGAGACCUUUUGCAGGGAAGGCAUGCACUCUGCCACUAAGCUACUAUCUCUCCCUUGCAACAGUAGCCCUCACCUCAGUACUCCCUUUAACUCGGGGUGGGCAAUCUGUGGUCCUGCAGAAGUUGUACUACAGUUCCCAUCAUCCAUAACUGUUGCAGCACCGGCUGGGGCUGAUGAGUGCUAGAAGUCCAGCAACAUAUGCAAGGUCACAUGUUGCCCACUCUCCAUCUUCAAGGACCAUCCUUCAGCAUUCUGGAAGUGCAGGCCUCUUUUUCAGAAAAGACACUAAGGCUCAUGCUCAAUAUUUAUCAUACAGAUUCCUUUGUUGGGCCAUACUAUCCAGCCCUGUGAAGCCUGCUUAUUUAUAUGCCUUGGCCAUUCCUGUUGCAAGCCCUUUCUUUCCUUAAUAGAAAACAAGUGUACUGAUUAUUUUCUCCAUCAAACAUUAUAAAGGGUCUCCUUUACAUCCAUAACUCCAACAUUUGGACUUCAUUUGUUGACGGCCGUUUCAGCAUGAGCCGGUUUUGACAGUCGAGUUAAAUAUUUGGAGGGGAAUGACUCUGAAUUUCACUUAAAAAUACUCCUGAUAUAUCUGUACAAUAGAAGGCGAAAGGAGUUGUUUCCGAAGUAAAAUUAGACAAUAGAGGCAAUUUCAUUUUUUAUGCAUGUGAAUGUAGAGUGCUUGAGGUUAUUAGUUGAAACUGAGUAACCUUUCCAGGCUUUCAUCUCUUUCUUUUCAAAUUUGAAUAUGAAAAGCAUAUUCAAGUCAAAGACCAUCACUUUAAUGACAUUUGGCAGUCAUUUGAUUUAUUAGGUUUUUAGAAAAAAAAAAUUCCUUUAAAUAUUUCAUCAUACUAUGCUAAUCCUAGUAAUAUUGCCAGCUGAAGCCAUGUACCUGUAUUAGCGGAGACAGAAUGGUGUGGAAUUUUCUCUGUCAUCCUAGUAAAAUUUCCAUGAAUCUACUGAAUAAUAAAACAACCUUAUUGAAAUAUUCAGAUUUAGGUUUUUAGUUAAAGUGUCUUAGGAUACAUAAUAAAAGAAAAUGUCUUUUGAAAAAAAAGGUGGGGGUAAAGUUACUUCAUCAAAUAUUGAAAGAGGUUGACAGGAAUGAAUAUUGUUCUUUAUUAAGGACUCUUAUUUAUUUAUUUUUUAUUUACAGUGGGGUACUCAAGCUAUUCAAUUGAUUAAUUAUAGAAUAUAUUUUCUGAAAAACGCAUUGACAAUUGCCAUGUUGAGCUUGAAUAUUGUAUUGAUUUGCAAUUUGAACGCCAACCCUCUAGAAACUGAUCUCCCUUUCUUGUUAUUCUAAUUCUGUAAUUAUUACUGCAAGGUUAGUGAUUUGAAUUUACAACCAAAAGCCUUCAAAUUCCAUACACAGGAGAAAUAGUCUUUAAUGUAGAGAGGGAGCCAUAAAGAGAAAAGUUAAGCAGAACUUGACAGCUGAGAUCUGCAAGGUGCUAGGUUUGCUCUUUGAAGAGCAGAAUCUCAUGCUUUGAAUGUUCUUCUGUGUAGUCUAAUUUUGAAAUCACAGUGGUUAUGCAUUCUUUGAAACCAUUGACUUAUUCAGGAAAAUGUGUGCUGCCCUAUUAGCAUUUGACAUGAAAACCCUUCCCAAAUAAGGGCACAGUGCCUUUCAAACCUUAAACACACUUGUAUACUCAUAGGUCACAGUCACAAGUUGCCUUGUGGCAUACUUUUGGCACAUCAAAAGGGUUUAAAUGAAUGAAUGAAACUUUAUUUGCAUCAGCCAUCGGCCAUAGCAACAAAAGAAUAUUGCGCUAUACACAAAACAGUUUGACAGCACAUCAAAGUGCAAGUAGAUAAAUAGGUACUGCCCCGGCGGGAAGGUAAAUGGCGUUUCCGUGCGCUGCUCUGGUUUAUCCAGAAGUGGCUUAGUCAUGCUGGCCACAUGACCUGGAAAAACUGCAGACAAAUGUCGGCUCCCUUGGCCAGUAAUGUGAGAUGAGUGCCGCAACCCCAGAGUCAUUUGCAACUGGACUUACCCUAUUUUUCGCUACAUAAGACACACUUUUUUCCUCCUAAAAAGUAAGGGGAAAUAUCUGUGCAUCUUAUUGAGCGAAUGUGUGAUCCUUGGAGCCGACUGGUCAGAGUGCAGGGGCAAAAAUCAGAUCAUGUGUCACGGAGGAGAGAAGGCUGCAGAGAGGAGGCUGCUGGGGUUCCUGUAUCGGGCAUAUUUUGGUGUGUAUGUGGAGGCGUGUGAGUCGUGUUGCUGCACGGGAGAGCGCGAGGUUAAAGGGGGCGUUUGUGUGUCCUUGUGUGUGGAGCCUCUUGAUCUGUACGGCAUCCCAAGGCUGUUCAUCAGCCCUGUUCCCCUUGCCAAAUUAUUGUAGCGCCUUCCUAAGGAUUGAAUUGCAACUCCUAUUUUGUUUUGCGUUCCCCGCCGCGUACGGUUUUAACUGGGCAGUUAAAGUCAGCCGCUGCUCCCCUCCUUUUGUUCUUGUCCCUUUCUGGCAGGGAGCGCACAGCUGCAGUGAAUUCCUUUCCUUCUCUCUGCCUCAGAGUCUUACACCCCACCCUCUUGUGUUUUUGGUUGCUGUGUUUGCUGUGUUCCCUUUCCGUUGCUCAGCGCUGGCUGCGGCAGCGUCACCUGGCAGCAAACAGACACGCUAAGCAAGGAGACUGGUGGCAGACAAAUUCAGCAAAGAGCAGGGAAAUCCCCUGCCCUCAUGGCAAGCAGAGGGGAAAGGAUUGUGUCCUUCCUGCUAAUUCCUUCCUAGUCACACUGCGCACAGGCUCCAGCCCACCUGGCUCAGCUUCCGACGGCUAGGAGCGCAACCGACAGUUGCCGCUGUCACCUCCUCCUCUCCAUGCCCUGCUGCUGCUGCUGCUGCGUCCAGGGAAGCAUGCUAGGGACCUGCAGGCAGCCGGAAAACAUGCAGGUGAGGGAGAGGGGGGGCUGGCUUGGGGGGGGGGCUUUUGCCUUCCUUUCCUCUCUCCCGUUAAACCCCUCUCCUGCAUUGUUAGCCGCCUCCUCCACACACCCCACGUGUGCUCCUCGUCCCUUCAGUGUUUUUCCUUCCCUCCCCACUUAAAACGUGGUUACAAGCACGGAUCCACAUGGAUCCUCAGGAUUUUUGCAUUGGGUCACCCCAAAUUAACCAUCAGAUCACAUAGCAUGUCCAUGGCUACAGCCUGCACCAAAAAAAUCAUACAUCCACUGUUUCAUUCAGAAUAUUUUUUUCUAGUUUUCCUCCUCUAAAAACUAGUGCGUCUUAUGGUCAGGUGUGUCUUAUGGAGUGAAAAAUACUUUCAGGGGUCCUUUACCUUUAUAUAUAUAUAUAAAACACAGUCUAGCCCCCUUUCUUUUUCCUUUCUUUUUUUUUCUUUUUCUUCUCCCCCUAAUGCCUCAACAAAUGAAAUGGAUUUGUAAAAAUGUUACAUGGAAAAAAAAUACGAGGCAUUACACUUACUUCUGUAAAACAAGAAAAUCCUUAAUAAAAAUAUUUUAAAAAAAUAAAAAAAAUAAAACACAGUCUAGGAUUUGCAAGUAACAUUCAACCAUUGUUUAGUGUUUAGUGCCUUUGUGAGCCUGAACAAACCAUUGGGCUCCAUCACUCGCCUCACCUCCUCCCACACAACCAGGAGGAGGAAUAAAUUUAUUUAUACAUUUUAUUUCACAGAAUGUGCAGACUGCCUAAUCAUAAAAGCCUCUAAGCAAAAUACACAAUACACAUUAACAUUAUCAAUAAAGUACAGCUACAAAUAACUAUUCAGUAAUCCAUUGUUUGAAGUUGGCUUGUUUUGCCACUCAGUAUUUUAAACCAUGAAUUUGUACAGGAAUUGAGGGAAAUGAAAUUGAAUCAUGGCUUAUUCCUCCUCCCGGCCUUGUGGGAGGGGGAACACUUAAUUCCAAGGCUUUGCUGCGACUCUCAGAGGCUUGUGUGCGUAAUGGAAAGCCAUAGUUUAGCAUUACAUACAAACCAGGGCUUAGUUUCUGCUGCAUGGACAAACCUUGGGCCCGUGUGCCCCCCUCUCCUAGUUCAGCACAGCAGCAAGAUCAGAAGCUCCCACUUGCAACUAACCACAGAUUAUCAUUUUAUCUGAAUCAGGAUGUUUUUGCUUUAGACUGCGGUUUGUCCAAACAAGCCAAGAUCAAACUCUACUUUCUGAUCCUGACUUGUUCAAAUAAAUCAUAGUUAAAACUAAUGGCAAUUCCCGGUUAAGAUUAAGCAAUACUGGUGAGUUGAGAACAGUACAUGUGUCCCAGAAAGGUGUCUUUGAGAUGUGAAGCAACAACUUGCAUCAAUGCAUGUUAAAGGUUCCAGGUUCAGUCCUCAACCAUAACUAGCAGCAGGGCUGGUAAAGAGUUUUUUCCAGCAUAAAAUAUAAAUCUAUAGGUCUGUUGCAAUGACAGUGUUAACUACAAAUCCCAGUGCAUCAGGACCUCAUUGUCGCUCUGUCAUAAACUAUCAGUCAUGUUUGAUCAUCCAAAACAUCUGGUGUGAUGUGCAAGUUUGUUGUAACAUUUUAGCAUGACAAGAAGUAUAUACUGUGCUGCUUUUUCUUUCUUUCUUUUUGUAAUAGUCUGGUGAAAAAAUCCGGAUUGAAAUAGUAUCCCUCAGUCUCACGGAAUCCCAGGUUGCAAUGGAUGACACAAUAAAACGCCUGUUUGUAGAGUGCAAGUUCUCCAACUUCCCAGCAGAUGAAACACCAGUGUCGCUUCCUAAACCGAGAAGGGGACAACGGGUCUACUACAAUUAUAGCCAUGGUAUGUGCUCAUUAAAUACUAUUCUGUUAUGUUUCCAAGUCACCAGUGGUGUGGCUUCUUUUAAAGUGAUUCCAGUUUGAAUAUUAGCAGGUAGGCAUUUGGUAAGUUAUGCUUCAACUUGCGUAAGAAAGGCCCAUGAGGCCAAGCUUCCAUCUCAUCUAGGAUCCUGCUUCCUGGAGUGGCCAAACAGGCGCCAUCAGGAAGCUUGCAAGUGCCCGUCACAGAAGUGACUUGGUGAGAGGUCUAGUGCGGAUGAGCCAAUCCAGAAUCAGCAGCGAGGAUCCAGUGAGAUCCAGUUGGCUUCUUCCAUAUCACCCUUUCACUGUAGCAUAGCAAAGAUCAGGCCAGCUAUUUUCUCAACUUGCAAGCUGCCAUGGUGUUGCAGGGACUAAGACUCUCCAAGACCCCUGACACCUUAUACUUGGUUGAUUAAAGCAAGGAUACGCAAAACAUAACCUAUUGUCCACUUCAAAAGUGGUUAACAGGGUGAUCUCCAGAUAUAACUGGACUGUGUCUUCCCUCAGCUCCACCUAGCAUUGCCAGGAAUAAUGGGCUGUAGUUCAAUAACAUCUCGACUUAACCACCCCUGUUCUGUAUGCUCUCAUCCAAGGUACAGAAGUGUAUUGCAGCAAGAAUCCCAGUUUUCAUUAGGCUUGUUUAAAGGGGGAAAUUUCUAAUAAUUGUUCCAGGGAUAGUUUUAAAAAUACGAUAGCAAAAAUUGAUUAAAUUGGAAACUAGGCAAAGAAAAAAAACCCUCACUAAUACGUAAUUUUCACAAUUUUAGAAGAGGCUUUCCUCAUAUUUUCCAAUGUGAAUUUUAUAAGAAAUAUUCUAUAAGAAAUAAGCAGAACUGGUCUGUCAGUGAAUGGAUGAAGUUUCACGAUGUUCACAAGAAUUACAUCCAACUUGCAUUACUUCGGACUUUAAUUGUGAUUGAAUAUCACCCAGGAUUUAAAAAAUAACACUGACAAGGCAAGCAAAUGGAAGAGCAUCAAAUGCUCAACCCUGCUUCAGUUCAGUGGUGCUUGUCAGGAAUCAGCGCUUGGCAGAUUCUACCCCCAGUCAUUUUUAUACAUAACACUAGAGUGUCGCAUAUAAGCAGAUGAAUGCUGUUUGUUAUGCCAAGCUGUAAUAAAUUUUGAUGGCACAUUGUCAUGCAGUAAAAUACAGAAAACAUCUGUGGAUUCGUUAAUCCCCAGGAUUUCACAAAAUCCAGCAUUCAGACAUUUCCCAUUAGAAAGCUUAGAGUUAAAACUUGCACUUAUCCUUGGUACAGAGCGUACUGUUCUAAGUGAUGUAGCUAAUCAGGAACUCAUCCAGCUGUUGGUGUCAGUAACUGCUGUUAUUUGAGCGUGAUCUUAUCUAGUCUGUAUGUUUUCUGUGUCAGAAGGCUGAAGUUGGGAGUGAAAUUAUGUUAGCAGCCAACUUGGUUUAUUAUUAUGGCAUUCAUUUUCCAUAUAAAAAGUGCUCUUUGUGACUUCAUCCCCCCCCCCCCCAUCCUGGGCUUCGAAAUUUAUUGCGCAGCAAUUCAGACUUGAAAGCUGGAAUGCACCCACUCAGCUUUAUUAAAACUUGUAAUUCCAAAAAGAAACAUCCCACAUUUUAAUUCUAGCAAUUUGAACAUCUUAUUUGAACUGAUGUCAGACGGUCCUUUUUAACAUAUUAUGUUUUAAAAAGGAAAAGACAGUUCAUAUCGCUUCCAUGGCAAAACCAGGACUCACAUUCUAGCUUUAAAGCAAGUCAACUUCUUUACACUAUUCCCCUGUUCCAAGCUUACUGCUACAGGUGUGACAUCUCCACCUGUUACUGAGUGGUCUAGGUUGUCCUCUGCCUGUACAUAUCAGUCAGCAUCCACUCAUCAGAUUGUUACUUUAGCACAGAGAAGCAAACCCCACCCUUACGUCACAUGCCUAGGGGGCAGAACUAUGCAUUAGAAAUGGGAACAGAGUUCUGAAGCCAUUGAUGGGGAAUCUGUGCCUCCCCUCUGCCCAAAGCUGCUAGACUCCAACUCCUGUCAGCCCCAACCAGUGGAAACUGGAGGACCAGAGGUUCCCCCAACCCAUUUUAAACUUAUUUGGUUGUGCCAUAUUCCUUUUUUUGCUGAACCCUGUCUGUGAGGCAGCCUGAGGGUUCAGCUUGCUGCACAUUCAGGCAUAUAGCUAGGAGUACAUCAUCCAACUCUUCCUCUUGGGAAACAUUUUUUGCUGUAAUUGUCACAAAGUUAUAACUCGCCACUAAUUUCCAACAUGGUUGCUUUGUUCUUCCUAGAGAAUUGCUUAAAUAACUGGCCAUCUAAUUUCUCCUUAGUGCCAGCUUUUCUGGUAAGGGAACCGCAUAUCAAGGAAGCGCCCUAAUGAAUUUGCUGUUUGAUAAUGUCAGUGGGAAAGCCAAUAAUCUAAUAGUAAUGAAGUCAGAAUGUGUGUGUUUACUAUAGCUUUACUCCAUUUCUUAUUCAUGCCUAAUUAGAUUUGGGUAUGUAGAAUAUUAGGGGUUAAUUGAAUAUUUUCUUUAAUAAAACUGAGAUUUACAUGAUUGGCGAAGGAAGUGUACUUUGAGCUUAGAGGGAAACUAGCAGUCCCCUAGAUUUUGCAUGGAAAAAAUCACGAUAAAUCCAAAUGUAAUUUGAGAAAUCAUUAUUUCUUGGUAAAUAAUACAUUCUUUUUAUUGAGUUCUCAUUAUACUUAUAUCUUAGCACUGUGACUGGCUUUUAAAAAAACUACUUUACAUCUUAGCUGAGACAAAGAGAUCUUUUGGAAUUCUGGCAUUAUAAGCAACACAAUGUAAUGAUUUAGUGCUCUCAAUUCCUCAAGCCUGUGUUUUUUAAAAAAUCUAUAGGUAGAAGCAAGAUAGUCUUUUAAUUAAUAAAUUAAAUCUUAUUGUUAUACUAUUAUGGAACCAAAUGGUGUUUUGGUUCUUCUUAUGUGGAUCAAUCUAUCCAUGUAAAGAACUAUAUAUAGCUCUGUGUUAAGUGUAUUUCGGAAAAGAUGGAAAGCGUUCAACUAUCGGGAUGCCAGACAUAUCUAACAUCUAUUCUCCUUCAUAGUUAAACGUCCUGCUGAAAGUGAUGCAAAUCUGCCAGUCCCAUAUCCAAACAGUCCUUCCCCACCUUGGUUCCCUCCAGAAGUUUCGAACUACAACUCAUAUCUGCCCCCGGCAGCACAGAUGUGCUACCUGGGGGUGAUGAGAGUGCUAAUCAAAAACAUCUGGAAUUCAUCAGACUGGGGAAGGUUGAUGUAUAAGAACAGUUAAGUCCAUAUGACAGUUGUAUGUCACAUGUAUGACAGUUAAGUCAUACAGAGGAAGGGAAAAUAAAUUUGAACACUUCAUAACCAUACACUAUAUACACACCCACACUCUGAGUUUAACCCCCUUACCUAUGUAUUUCUCCCGAUCCAGGUCUUAGACAUGUCCCCAAACCAGCCCUGUAUCUUUGUCGCCCCAAGCUCAAGUUGAGAUACCACUGCCACUAGACCCUCUCUUCUGCUCUUUCUGGCAUGUGGCCAUCUCCAGCUAUACCCCGCUAGGUUCCUCCAAACAUCCUUCACAAUUUCAUAGGAGUACGGCUACUGUUACCUCCAGCCAACAUGGCCUAUAGCCAGGGGUGAUGGACACCAUUUUGGCGUAUGUUGGUUUCAAUAUAAGAUCCCUGGGGUAGCUUGGUUCUCUCCGAAUGCUGAUGAGCUACAGUUUUAAUCAUCCCUGACCACUGGCCACUGCUGGGGCUGAUGGGAGCUGUUGUCCAACAGCAUCUGAAUAACACCAGGUUGGCUGCCCCAGGAUAGGGCCUCAGUGUGGGUGAGUUUUAAAAUAACUUGAUCUGCUAGAGGUGAAAAUAGGAAAGCAGAAGUAAGCAGGCGAGUGUCAUGCUCAUGUUUUCAAACUCAACCGAGUGAUGAUUCUAACUUUAAGGGGGAAAUAUUGUAGAUGCAAGCAAACUGACCUUAUACUUUCCUCUAACUCAAAAUAGAUAGUUACACCGUUGGGGUCGACUCUUAAUUUCACCUUGACAAAAUGAUUUUUCCCUCCCAGACAAGGCCACCAUAAUUGAAAUAACAAAGAUUAAGUUCAGUUGAUAGACACUGAUAACAAGGAAAUAGCAUUUAUAUUUCAUAGGGCUGAGAGAAUAUUGCCAUGAGAAUGCUGAGAAGGCAAGAAAGGGGCCUGGAAAUAAGAUUAAUGAUCGAGGGCCUAAAGAAUGUUAUCUUGGCUGUAUAUAAACCUGCUUGGGAAUUGACAAUAGAAAGGGGCAAGAUUAAUGAAAUCUUCCAAAGUUUUUUUUAUGAGACCUAUAUAGAUCAGAAGCCUGUGGAGUGAGUAGUUGAUUAUUUGGACAAAUUGUAGUUACCUGAGGCAAGGCGAGAGAAAGGAGGGGGUGGUAAGAGAGAAUUGAUGUCUAGAUGCACUUUGGAUUCUGAAUAGGAUGAUAGAGGAAAGGAACUUUCCAUGUUCACAACAUGGAAAAUUCUUUUAAAGUUCUCUCUCUCUCUCUCUCUCUCACACACACACACACACACACACACACACACAAGUUUGGGACCUGUUUCAGAACAAGGGGCAGAAGCACAUUCCCAGUGAACAGAUUUUGGCACAUCUGUACUAUUCUGAGACCAUGUCAGCAUUAAGGUUUGGGGAGAAGUGUCUUUCUAACCUUCAUGGCUGUAGGAAGCAAAAUGCUGAAAGGUCCAGAAAUAAGGACACCAGUAAAAUCAAACACACCGUCACAAUGUUUUCCAGCAUCCCUUCCAAUAAAAUACUGCUUGCUUGCCCAAAUUAUCCUAGUUUAUAGGAUAGUUUGAAAUGCAUUGACUGCAUUCAGAAUAUUUUAUUCCAGCUUAAGAUGCCACCUAUUUCCUUGACACACGGCCCCUUUGUGAGCUGCAGUUAAACCAGGAAACUCUAACCGUAGUUUCCUCUUUUAUCUGAAGUGGAAAAUUAUGGUUACCAGCUUCAGAACUAGCCAGGGUAUUAAACUAACUUCAGACCAUGGUUUAAUAAAUUGGUUUGUUCUGAAGCUGGUAGCCAUAAUUCCUUGCUUUGAAAGAAAUGAGAAACUAGGUUUAAUUUAAGACUUACUCUUUGGUUGGUUGCUUUAUGCCAGAAAGUGGGGUGCUUGUGCAGGUGAAAGGCACAUUCCUAUCUUAUUAAGCCUGAGAUACGUUUCCCUGAAUAUGGAGAGUGUGACAAUAAGAAAUAGAGAGACCUGGCAUAAGUAGGUUCACUUGGGUAAGUAGUAGGGAGACUCCAGGGGUUUGAUGGGGGAGCCUUGGAUAGAGCAUUCUACCUACACACAUACAUGAUUCUUGUUUCCCAUUCGUCUGUUGGUUUCCUACUUACUAAGAGAGCAAUGGGCAAGGGUGGUAGUUAUCUUGCCACACUCACUCAUAAGAACAUAAGAACCUGCCAGAAAAGGCCAAUGGCCCAUCAUAGAUCAGCAUCCCGUUCUCAUUGUGGCCUAUGAGAAGCCCACAAGCAGGACCCGGGUACGGUGGAACCUUGUUCCUGCACUCAAUCGGAAGUUGCAUCGGACAUUCGGCUUCUGAAAAACAUUUGAAAACUGGAACACUUACUUCCAGGUUUUCAGCGUUCGGGAGCCAAAACGUCCGAGUACCAAGGCGUUUGAGAACCAAGGUAUGACUACUACAGCAUUCUCCCUCCCACAUGUGAUUCCCAGCAACUGGUAUUCGGAGAUUUGCUACUUCCAACAGUGGAUCUUUUGCUCAGUAUGCCCUCCCAUAUCCAUCGGUCCUUACAUAUUAAACCCUUCCAGGGCUUAGAGCAGAUCCCUCCCCGAUAUAAGGCUCCAUGCUCCACACCCCAUCCCGCCCCCCGCCCCCCAAAAAAACCCAAGCUUCCUGUAGAUUUUUUUAAAAAUUAUAAUUUUCCAUGUUUGUGCCUUUUUGCUUUGGUGCUUAAUCUAGAUAUUCGUGUUACGGGAAGCUUUAAAACUGGUGAAAUGAGAAUUGUUGCAUUUUGCUUUUCAAAUAAGCAGGAGCCUGUAAAACUUCAUAGAAGAGAUCAGAAGUAUAGCACAUAAGAUUUAGUGUGCAAUGUGCGGGGAGGAAAGGAAUUUUCUUCAUCUGACUUUUGUUAAGCAGUACAGUGUGAUUCCUCAAUAUUAUCCCUAUUCCAAGUUAGUGGGUGGCAGCAUUAUGGGAAUUUGGAUGAGAACAGUUGUUGGGAGCAGGCACAAAUAUUUUCUCUGCUUAAAAUAUUUAUAUCCAGCAUACAAACCAUAGUUCUUGAGGAAGCUUACAACAUUAAAAGAACAAACUAACACAGAACAGCAUGUAACAAUACAUUGUAAAAACAAGUAAAAUAUGUCAUAAAAACACAGAGCAAAAAGUAGCAAUAUGUCAUAAAAGUAAACAUCAGCGUAAUACCAAGAAACCCCCCACAGAUUAAAAAGAAUACAAAACCCGAGAUUAAUCAACCACUUAAAAACCAUUAAAAGCCUGGGUAGUCGUAGCAAUACAGUACUCAACAUUUGGCCUUGUAGGGUAACUCUGCAGUAUUAUCCCCCACAGGACAGAGGCCAAUAGAGAGUCAUUUCCCUAAGACCACUUAAUGGUUUCAUUGCAGAGGCAAAGUUUGAACUAGAGACAUCCUCAUUUGUGCCCCACUCUGCCCUCAUUUACCCAUAGCUGGUGCCCCCAAAAUCCUGUAUCCACAAUGCUUUAUUUAACAAGUUUAACAAAAAGAAAAGCGAGAGAAAACAUGAGCUCACAUUAAUAAUAAUAAUAUAAUAUGCUAAUUAAUACUAAUUUAAGGAUUUGAUAAACUAUAAAAUAUAAUAUAUCAUUAAUAUAAUAAUAUUAUUCCAUUAUAAAAAGAAAACAUGAGCUCAGACUAUAGAUUAAGAACGAGAAACACCUUUAUAUUUAAAUUCAUCUGAAAGCACAAAAAGAUUUAAACGGCCCAGUUAAAACUAACAAAGGUGAAGCCAGUUUAACCUCUCUAGAGAAUGGAUUCCAUAGUAAAGAUUCUGUCACAGAAAAGAUCCUGUCCUAUCUCCCUAUCCACCUCAGUUAUCUCCAACAACUUUUGGUCAGGAGUCUGGGACCAAGAUAAAAUUUGGUUGGCAUCUCUAGUCCUCAAGCCAACAAGAGCUCAUAUUAAUAAUACAGUGACCAGCAGUACAUCCACCUCAGUUUUAAACAUGUAAGUUGGUAUGUGUCCCAAUAGAUAUCCAAACAAAAUUGACAGUUAUAAGAAAUAGGCUUAAACGUUGCAAGGGCAGUAAGGUCCUCGGGCCAUUGCAUAAUAUAUGUUGGAUGUUUCGUCCUUCCAGGCUCGAAGUUUAAAUCUCUUGGCAACCAUAAGGACUCUCACAACCCCCUCUUAAUGUCCUGCUGAAAGUCCCGUACAAGAUGAAUAUAAUUUAAAAGUACAUGAGCAUCUGCAGAUAACAAGGAUUUAUCCAAUACAAAAUUAAUGCGCACAGUAGCUUCAGACCAAAAGGGAAAUAUCACUGGACGUGCCCACUGCAUUCUUAUCAAUUAUUUCCCCCGUAGUAUCUGUACAAUCCAGCUCAUAAAAAAUUGUCUUAAUGCUUAAAUUUGUGACUUCAUGUAUGUGCCUGUGAUAUUGGAAGAUGCUCCAAACUGGUGUCCACAUUCGUAACCUGACUGAAGGGUUUUUGUUUUUUAUUAUUUUAUUUGGGAUAUAAAGAGAUGAAUGUCAGGCUGUAGCUUUCCCCACUCUGCUGGUCUAGAAGUCUCUCUUAUUGCCUGUUCUGGCAGGAGAGGGGGAUUAAAUUACUGGGGCUGUCAGAAAGGACAAGCGCUCUGCCAUACAUUAUCGCUAUCACUGACUUUCACUGGGCGAAAGAAAGAAACCACCGUAAAUCCCCUCCAUUGCGAAGCAAUAAAAGCCACUGGCUUUCACAGUCGUGACUGCCAGGGCCAUUAACAGGAAAUGACAACUGUGUGGCAUUCUUAGAUGCUGCCUGUAUCUCUUCUGACAGUGUGAGCAUAAACCUGCCAGCAAUAUGACAAUUGGAUCACAUGACUGUUCCGACUUCCAUUCCGGCUUUCAUUGUUGAUUUUCCUUAGGAAGCAUGGAAAGAGGCAGUUAGUUCUUCCCCCACCAGGUUCUCUUCCCCCACUCCUCAAAUUAUCCCUUUUAAAAAUAGUGUUACACAAGUUCCCAUAACGUACCAUAGGUUAACUUUUCACAUGUCUUCUGUUCUCACAGCUAAUUUCACAAGCUGGUAUUUUAAAAGCUAUUUAUUUAUUUUUGCAUUCCUUUUACAAGGCAAAUUUAAACAAAAAGUUAACUGGAUAUGUAGGCAAUUAAGGGAAUGCCUCAGAUUAAUUGUCCCAGUAUUUCUAUUUUGUACUGCACCAUUUGGUUUAUUGCUCUUACUGUAUUUGUGUAUUUAUUUUUUAACUGCAUUGAAUUUUUUAGGAAAGGUGGGCGAUAAAUGUUUUAAAUAAAUAAAAGAUAUGUGCUCCAUCCAGCAGUCUGUUGCAGAUCUGAGUACUCCAGGUGAACGCACAGAACGUCCCCUCCUGCUUUUACCCCAAAAAGCUUUCCCAUUCAUUUUGAGAGGGAGGGCGCCAUUACAUGCAGCUGAAUUGCAAUUAAGAAAUAAGCUAGCGUGCACAAGAAUUUGAUCUGUGUAUCUGCAUGCAUGCAUGGUUCUGGAUUGGAAUAGUGGGGUGGAAUCUGCAUGGAUCCUUUUAGGCUAAGCCAGCCCUAUUCCAUAAGCAAUCACUUUAUUUAUUUAUUUAUUUAUUUAUUUAUUUCUACCUACCCAACCCAUCCGGCUGGGUCUUCCCAGCCAGUCUGGGCAGCUUCCAACAGAAGGCUGAAAAUACAUUAAAACAUCAGUUAUUAAAAACUUCCCUAAACAGGGAUGCCUUCAGAUAUCUUCUAAAUGUCAGAUAGUUGUUUAUUUCUUUGAUAUCUGAUGGGAGGGCAUUCCACAGGCCCACUACUGAGAAGGCCCUGUAACUUUGCUUCUUGCAGUGAAGGAACCGUUAAAAGACCCUCGGCGCUGGACCUCAGUGUCCAGGCUGAAUGAUGGGGGUGGAGACACUCCUUCAGGUAUACUUGGCCGAGGCCAUUUAGGGCUUUAAAGGUCAGCACCAACACUUUGAAUUGUGCUUGGAAAUGUACUGGGAGUCAGUGAAGAUCCUUUAGGACUGGUGUUAUAUGGUCCCGGCGACUCCCAGUCACCAGUCUAGCUGCCGCAUUCUGGAUUAGUUGUAGUUUCCAAGUCACCUUCAAAGGUAGCCCCACAGAGAGCGCAUUGCAGUAGUCCAAGCAGGAGAUAACUAGAGCAUGCACCACUCUGGCGAGACAGUCCGUGGGCAGGUAGGGUCUCAGCCUGCAUACCAGAUGGAGCUGGUAGACAGCUGCCCCGGACGCAGAAUUGACUGCGCUGCCUUGGACAGCUGCGAGUCCAAUAGCCAGCAGAUGUCUUGUAAGUGCUUGGGAGGAAUUCAACAUAGCAUUAAUAAGAUUGCUCUGUCAGUGCAAGCAUUUCUGCCUGCCUGAUGGAAGGAUCUAUUCUAGAAUUUCUCUCAUGCCACCACUGAGCCAAUUGGGGCAGAUGAGGUGGGAAGCCCCAUUGCACUAGCAAAAGUCAUUGUGUGGGCUUCUGCUAGUUGGACCCAUUACUUGAACCAGUCUCUUAUGUUUGUACCCCAAAAAAGGUGCCCCCUAUGCAAAAGGGGGGGGGGCAUUUCCACUGCUUUUCUGUGCUUCCUGUUUCAUGUUCUAUAUUUACAGUUAGGAAGUGCUUCCUUACAUUUAGAGCAAUGUGCUUCCCUGUAGUUCAAGGACAGUGUUUCUCCUAAUACCACUUGCUGGGGAGCAGCAGUGGAACCCACCUGCCCUGCUUCAAAAGGUGGGCCACUCAGAACAGGACCAUUGGAGAAUGUCUUCAAAGACAAGCCAACUCAAAUGUGGGAGCCAGUGUCUUACACUCAGUGCCUUGCAUCAAGAGUGCUUCAGGAAACAGAUAAUAAACAAAUGGAAAUGGUUGAUAUACUACAUUAUUUAUUGCACUGCCUACCAUACACCUGUUGCAGAAAAAUAUAUAUGGUUAUCUUGUGUCACAGUGUGUGUGGAGAUAGGUGAGCAAUACAGGUAAUAGUAACUGACUUACUUUCUGAUGAAUGCAGAAAGUUGCACUGUUUCCAAUUGCUGCAAAGAAAAUCCAGCUGCAAAUCUUGAACCAAACACCAGUGCUUUGUAGAAGGUGGCUUGAAAAUUUGAGCCAGUUAAAUCUAUGAGUAAUACUAGAAAGUUUUAAGUUUAUUUUAAUUUUGAUUACAUUUUGAACAGAGAGUAUAUUUAUCCGUGUUUUAUGUCCAUGCUGAUAGGGAUUUUGCUGUAUUUGCAGUAGCCUAUGGCUACAAGCAUUAAAUAUUUAUUAGAUGUGGGUGGGGGGGAAAUCCCCCUCUUUACCACAUUCCAACCAACUCUGUGAUAUGCACAGCUGAGCAGUUAAAUGUAUUUAAGACUCAACAAAAUCAUUAUAAGGGCCCUCAAACAUAAGGAUUCUAAUCCCACAGGUAUUUCUACAUUUUGCUUUCCUUUUCUAAAAGUAGAUACUUCUCUGGAUUAUGUAGCAUUAUGUCUACUUUCUGUUCAUCUACACUACACUUUCUUAUUUAUAAAAUUUGCCGUUUAGUGGAUUCUGGUUUUUAAUUCUGUUCCUCAAAGCAGGGCAUUAAGAACUAUCCCACAAUCCUUCCCUUCAGUGUGAGGGGGAGAAAUUGAGUACAGUAAAAGGAUUUACUUACUCAUUAAAGGAUACAUAUGGUAACAUCUUAUACAGAAGCAGACCUUUGGUACAUUUAAACAUUUGGUAGAUUCUACUCCAGCUGAAAUGAGCUCUCUUACUUUAAACCUUGAGUUAAGGCAACCUUCCCCAGUCUUGGGCCUCCAGAUGUUGGACUACAACCCAACAUCAUUCCCAGCCAGCAUGACCAACAGGCAAAGAUGAUGGGAGUAAUAGUCCAAAAACAUAUGAGGACUCAAGGUUGGGAAAGACUAGGUUAAGGGGGCUUUCCUAGCCCAAUGAACCGGGGGGACUUGUGCUCCCCAACUCAGCUGUGAUCCUUCGGAGUUGUCCAGAAUGAAAGAAAAAUAAAAUAGAAUCAUGCCACAUUGUAAUGUACAGUCAUCUAAGCCAUAAACAGGAACUGUUCAUCAUGGACAUUGGCUGAAGGAAUAUUUGAAUACAGGUGUGUUCCCAUGUAGUAAGAAUUUAUACCACUGAAAUUUCAUAGCGAUUGGAUACCUGCCUUAUCCAAUGGACCCCUGUUCAUCAAAAAGAAAAUAAUUUUACUAUAAAGUCUGUAGGCAUUCUUCGCCUUACCAUGUCAUUCCUCUCUGCAGCUGGGCUUUGUGGGAUAAUACCCAUUUUGAUGACUUAAAACGAAAGGAAGUUACUUUGAAAACUAACUAGCAGAGCAAAUUGUGUUCAUUUCGUUCAUUGCAAGUAAUCACAGCCAUUGCCAUUUCCUGUUGCGUUUUUCAGUGAUACAUGUGGACCAGGCAAACAACAAAGUGAAGCGCGAUUUCCUCAAGGCCAUGCUUCAAGGAUCCGAGCCCAGCCCUGGAAGGUAAAUUUUGCAGCAGAAUGGGUCAGAUGCCCUUCAACUUCACAAUUUUGUAUUUCCGUGUAAUAAAUGCUACAUGUUUUUUUUCAAGGGUACAUGAUGUUGUCACAUAGUAGCACCUGAAUUUUAUUCAUUAUUUAUAAUUUUCAUUCCCCCCCCCCAAAAAAAAACCAGAAAAGAACAACAAGCACAAUGUGUACCAUUUUUCCCCCUUCAACAGGACAGUCAUUCUCCUUGUAAAGGAGUAAUUGAUCCAUGCCGUUUUGAUUGUGGUUCAGAAUAGCUGCUGGUUCAGGUAGAAGGGUUCCCAGUCAGCCUUUCACACAUUUAAGUUAUCCAUAUAUAGACAGAUAAGCAGUGCAGACCUGAGGGUAGUACUUGGCAAUAAGACGGUAGUCUUUGUUUUCUCUAUUUUACUUUAAAAUUGAGCUUCAUAUGUUGGCUGGUGCACAAUUUUUUAAUGGAAUCCGACAGGAAGUGCCAUAAAGUGAUCCCUUAAGAGCAGGCAUGUAUCACAUCUAAAGCACUUUGAAGUUCAGAAAGAUUUUUCUUUUCUUUUUUUCAUUUCUGCAAACAAGGAAAGGACUUCCAGAUUUACUGCAUACAUUAGUAAGAUGGAUAACAUGCUGGUGCGAGCAGAACUCCAAAUAAAGUUACAGAUUUCCCAAUAGUGCCAUAUUCUGUAUCCCGAUCGUUGUUUCACAGGACUAAUUUGAGUCCAGUGACUAAGCAGGAUCUUUCGCUCAAAUGCUGAAAUUCCACAAACAUUGGCAUGCUGCCUCUGUACAAUCAUUGUGCAAGGUUAAGUCCAUGUCAUUCCAAGGGUAGAAGAUUAAAUCCUUUCCCACUGAAAUCUUUCGAAAGCCCAUGCAUUGAACGCGAGAUAGAUAACUUUUUCCUUGUGUUCUGAAAUGAUUCUCCUCUUCCCUCACCUUCAAAGCCUCCAGGGAAAGGCCACAGAUUCCUCAGGAAGCAAAUACCAUUGCUCAACCAUUCACCUUAUGUCACAACCAGCAGUUAGUAAUGCUCAAGUCUCAUUUAUUUCAGUAGGAAUCCAAUGCACAUAAUUGUGGGCAUGUAUUGGUUUAAUUCCUACAUAUUCCCACAAUUAUACUCUGUCCUGUGUUACAUUUUGAAGGGCAAGGUAUAAUCUCUUAAAAUAUAUUUUUUUAAAAAAAUUAAAUCAGAUUAUAUAUAAUCUCAAAAUACAGUGUGCUAACAUGUCAUUCAGAUCCACUCCUGCUUUAUAACAGGCUCACUAGAAACAUGUUUCCCUUACUGCUGACAUCUUAAUUAUGUGGAAUUGGUGUACAUAUUCCAUCGCCAUGCUUCAAACGCUGCUUUUUACCAUCUAGAAUUAGGUUGAAAGAACUAGAUGCCUCUUUCUUGAUCUAAUUUGUCUUGUUGGAGAUUCUUCAUCACUCUCUUGUGAUUGUCCUUCUUGAAUUAUAUAGCUCAGUAGCAGAGCAUAUGCUUUGCAUGCAUAUUCAUGUUCAAUCUCUGGCCUCUCCAGUUAAAAGGAUAUCAUGUACCUUCUCUGAGCAAGACCAUGGCAAGCUCCUGCCAAUCAGAAUACACAGUACUAGGCUGGGUGGCUGAGUAGUCUGAGUCACCAUAGGUUGUGCUUAUCAGCUCUUGCCUUGCGGUGGCCAGAAAUGGACACCGUACUUCAAAUGAGAUCUCAUGAGUAGAUUCUGCCCCAAACCAUAUAAAUCUGUACCUUGCCCUCAUUGCAAACAAGAUGCUCACUUUCUUGUUCAGUUGCAUUUAGUCAUUCAUUUUGAAAUCCCUACCUUUUCCUAGAAAUCUGGUUUUUGACCCUUGCGGUUAAAGGUACUGUUCCGCGUGCAUUUCAAAAGUGUGGAGCAUCGGCAAUAAAAUAGCAAUUCAUGCCCUGCUGUGGCAUCAUAAUUACCAUAAUGCCAUGACUGGCACAACCAGCUUUCCAUGUGGAUCACUUGCGUGCCAAGCCAGGACAUCUCCCUCUGUGGGGAAUUAGUAUGGCAGCUCAGCACGUGGCUGAACACGUCCACACAAAAAGGCAUCUGCAUCUGCUACGGUAUCCGCAAAAGGCUUCCGCCACAUGGAAGCGUUUUUCAGAAGUUAGCAUCCCACCUCCAGAACAUCUGAAGCAAGCCUUGCCGUCUGGGCAGGCUCAUCCAUAAAGCCUCCUCACUCUCAUUCCACCUUUUAGAAGUUGGGCCAUCAGGAAGGGAGAUGCAGCCCUCGAAUGCACAGACGCAGCACAUUUUGAAGUUGGCGUAUUGCUCCCUCGGCACAUGUUUCCUAUCACAAUGCCUUAUAUAAUAAUAAUAAUAAUACCAGAACUUUUUUCCCCCCAUUUGAAACAGGAACUAAAAACUUUAAAGUUUAGGAAACCAAAGGACCCAGGAUAAAAAUAUCAUUCCAAAUUGGCUGCACAUGGUCUAGCUAUAGCGAUAGGCUAAAUCAGUGAUAACGGAAAUUAGGACUAAAAUUGCGUAACUUGAACACUGAACCCAUACUUCUCCAAAGGCCUCCCCUCCUCAGUCUCUCAGCAGUAGGGGCAAGGGGGACUGUAAUAAUAUUGGUCUAUUACCUGUUUGAAAGGAGUGCGGAAAGUUUGGAACUCUUGAAAUGUGUUCUAUAAAUGCAGAGUUUUAGUAAUAUGAUAAGAAGCGCACAUCAGAACCAAACCACCCACCCAGAUUUUAUAUUUCAAACCCUUUGAUUUAAAUCUGGGAUGGCUAACCUGUGGCACUUCAGAUGUUAUUCAAUCACAGCUCUCAUCAGCCCCAGCCAAUAGGAAUUAUGGGAGUUUUAGGCGAACAGCAUCUAGAGGAGGUUUGCCAUCCCUGGUUUAAAGGCUCUUCCCACGGAUUAAUCAAGUUACAGUGCAUCCCUGUACCUCUCUACUGUGAAGUAAGCCCCACUGAGUACAGGGAACUUUCACCUGACAUAUAGGAUUGUAUCCUAAAAAAAUUAAUAAAUUAAUUUAACCAGUUUAACAUCUGGGGGCCUUUAAGGCAGCAAGAGUUUCUUUAAGCCUAGAAGGGUGAAAUGAAGGGGAAAGGAAUGAGAUGCCGGUUUUGUUGGAGCAGAUAACACAGAUAACAAGCACACUCACAACAAAUCUCACAGAAUAGGGUUCGAUCAAUAGUAUAACCCCACUUUAACCCACUAACAUUUCAUGAAAUGAAAGCAAGAUUUGGCUUCAGUCCUAUCUUAUGUAGGAAGGUGCUUCCCCUUACCAUUCCCAUUUUGAUCUUUUAGAAGCGAAUGUGUUUUCUAAAACAGUAUCUACAAUAUCAACAGUGGGAUUAAUUCUCACUGACGUUGAUGUUUCAUAGAUGUCAUUUCUUGACAUACGCAGCAUACUUUGACUGUCUACAAAGCCAACAUUCUGUGGUCUGGCUAGACCUCCCGAUUGUGGCAUUGAUGAAGGUGCCAGGGAAAGUUAAUGAGUUACAUGUGUCUCUAUGGUUUGUACUAUUCCGUGUUUUCAAGUAAACAAACGCAGGAGAACAUAGCAGGGGGAAGUAGUGGGAAGUAGGCUAUUUGUCUGCUCCUUAAAGGAUAAUGUACUUUUAAAUUUGCCCCAAAUAGUAUUUUAGUUUUAUUCUGUAUCCUGACUCAAGCGAGUGUCGCAUUCCAAAGGACAGUUCGUUCCAAUUCUUUGUACUUAAGUGGAUAAUUUUAUUGGCAGAACUUACAGCGCGUCUUAGCAUUGUGACUAAGAUACUUUAUGCUGUGAGGAAUGCAUACAGCUAGAGGACAUUCUCAUAUAUUUUACAUAUGUGUUUGAAAGCUCUGUUUAACAGAAUCGUGGGAUCUUCUCUUGCUGACAAAAGGUUUUUGUGGUGUGGUUUUUUGAGAGAGAGAAAGACAGAGAGAACAAUACAGAUACAAAGGGAAAGUUGUCUUCUUGUGUACAUAUUUAAAAAAUUAAUACGUUUAAAGCCAAGACUCACAAUGUCAUAUUUUCUGCAGCUUAACCUUGUUGCAUGUUCUUGGAAGGCCACAUAGUUGUUGUUGUUGUUGUUACUUCCUGUGAACUUUCUGGUGAAAGAAUGGCACUGCGGCCACCACAGGCACUGGCCAUGUCCCUGAUUUUUGCUCUUUGAAUAGCAGAACCAUGUGGCCUGUCACAAAAGGGGCUUGACACUCAGAGUUUCUUUAAAAAAGAAAGAAAACAUUUGCCACACAGCAUGUCAAACUGUUCUUCUUGACCUUCAAAUCCAAAUCUGCAGUUCCUUGCAUCCUCACCAUCGGCUGCAGACCUCUGAAUCCAUUGGACAGUACUGGGAACUGGAGCCCCAGGACAGGAUUCAAAGAGCUACUUGGAAGUUUGUCCAAGGCCUUUAGGGAGCCAAGUGGGAUUUUUUGCCUCUAUAUCCAUUUCACCCACACCAGCACAAUGUUGCAUCAUCAGCUGCUUUUGAAAAACUCCCUUGAGUGAUGGGUUGUCAUUCAGCAGAGGAGUGGGGCGGCAGGUGCUUUAUCCCGAAGCUGCCUUGAGCAUAUACAUAAGCAUAUGCUUAGGGACUGUUGCUCAAUGGUUAUAGCAUUUACUUUGCAUACAGAAGGUCCCAGGUUCAGUCCCCAGCAUCUCCAGGUAAGGCUUGAAAACAUCCUUGUCUGAAACCCUGGAGAACCAUUUCCAGCCACUGUAGACCAUAUUGAACUAGACGGGCCCAAUGGUCUGACUCUAUAUUAGGCAGAUUCCUAUAUUCCUAUGCUCUUUGCAUCCUGGUCCCUCACUGAGUAUGUUGGGAACCUCUCAACAGUGUUGUAGCCCUUAUAGAACAGGAGGAACAGAGCAAGGGCAUAGGAAGCUGGUCUAAAGCCGUGCACGAUGAUCUCAAAAUGAGACUGCAGCCUAGUUUCCUUCUGAAAAUGCUAUACACACCUUGGGCUGACAAUUUCCCCCAAAUGUGCUAUUUACUGCAAAUGGCACUCUGAGUAGGAAAUAGCCACAAGCAGUAAUUUCUGGCAGGAAACUGGUGGAUUGGGGCCCUGUGGCUGCUUUCCCUUUAAAAUUAAAGCACCCAGUUCUUAAAAGUGUGAAUAAUUUGUAAUUGACCCUGAGAUUCUCCAAUGGAAGUUAAAACUGAAAUACCAAAAAUAAUUAUUUGAGUUCAUUACCUCCUCCCCCUUCGUUUUUUCCCUUCUCAGCAUACGAUUUACAGUAGUAAGUGACCCUCCAGAGGAUGAGCAAGAUCUUGAGUGUGAAGAUAUUGGCUUUGCAUACGUCAGUCUAAUGGAGAUAUUUCGGAAAGGGCAAGACGUCAUUGACCAAGACAUCAACAGUGAGUUUGAGGGCAUUUUCUCUUUAGUUUUGCUUUCUCACAGCUCUGAGGAUUGUAUCCAAUGCUAGUUCUACUUAGAGGAGACCCACAGACAUUAAUGAACCUAAGUUAUUCAGGUUCAUGUACUUUUUUGAGUCUACUCUGAGUAGCACUGGCUAUAACCCUCAGUUCCCAAAUCUUUCUCAGGUUUGUUUGGGCUUCCACCCACCUCCCGCUUGGAGAGGUGGAAUUUUUAUCAGGUAGUCCUAUAGAAAGAGAGAUAGCAAAGAAGACCCAACUCAUUUUGUUGUCUGGAACAAAGGACAAAAUAGCACUUCCCCCCUUCUCCAUUCCAUGUGCAAAACACAGCCACUGCAGAGUGUUCCCCACCACACCUGAGCAGAGGCCAUGUGACACACACAACUCUCAUCACCCCUCAUCACCUGCUGACUGAGGCAGCCACUUUACCUAAUGAUAGAGCUGGCCCAGAUAAAUAUUUUUAUAAAAGUGGAUUUUGGAUUGUGGCAGUUCUUGGAGUGCUAUUCCAGACCUCAUAAGUGAAAUAUAGUUAUAAAAGGUGUAUUAGCAGCUGGUGGUGUUUGGGAGGAGUUUACUGCAAUUCCUAAAACAAGACUGAGCCCACCAUCUUCCUUACAACUUAGGUACAUUCUUCUGAACCAGACAUCCAGCAUUUGUUCUUGAACUGGUAAUCUUAGGUCACAACUAGAUGGGUUUUUUUGGUUGUUUAUCCUGGAUUUUGUCCGUAUCUUUGCAACAGCUCAGUUAGGUUAGGGCUGGGAGAUGAGUGACUGGGCCUGUUUUACCCAGUGAAGCAAUGUGGAAACUUGAACGUGGAUCUCUCUGCACCAUGCUGGUUUUCUGUGUGAUUGAGGACAUGUGUUUUAGAAGAUCCAGCUUUCAUAUUCUGGAUUGUAAACAAAAAUUAAGGCAGUUUUCCAUUUUGGAUACGCUGGGAAACUGGUUUAAUAAACAGCAAUGGAAGUACUGAGCUGUGGGUGGAGGGAAAGGAUAAGGUUGGAGGACACAUACAUAAGGCUCCUUCUUAGUCCAAUAAACCAUGGUUUAUUACAUCAAGAUUGUUACAGCUACCCUAAAUUCCCAGGAAGAUAAGGUGAAUCUUGGACAGUCAUUAACCUAUUAGUCAUGGGGAGGGACCAUGUGCAGCCAAUUUGGAAUGUCUUUUUUUAAUGCAGUGUAAUCUACCUAGGAAGAGCUCACUGUUGUGCAGGACAGCAGGUUUCAUCUUCCUCCACCAUAAGAAGGUGAUGGCAGUGGUCCUUCACCUGUGUGUUUUUAGUUGGCGAGAACCCAGGACUUUCCACAACUCUUAUCUCGUUCUGCCUGUGUUAAACGUAUGCUCCCCAUCUGGAGAUGUGGUUAGCUCAUGGUCUCAAAAGAGCAAUUGACUGCGGUUCUCAGAUGCGCUUACUUGAAAUGGCCAAGAGUUCUGUUACUACAACACACACACACACCAAUCUCUUUGUGCGUGUGAAUGAAGGGCCUUUGCAUUUCUGCACCCGAAGUCGAAGCUCUUCAAAGGUGUGGAAUGCGAGGGUCUGUGAAUUUGCUAUUGACAUUGCUUUCCCUCUCUGCUUCUUUUCCAGUUUUGGAUUCACCAGAUGGUGGAGCGGUAAUUGGGAAGCUCAAAGUAACAGUAGAAGCCCUCCAUGCUCUGCGCGCAGUCUAUGAGGAGGUCUGAAAAUGAGAGCCUGUGUCGACAGAUGUGCUUUCUCCCCACAUAACCAACACACAGGCUAGAUCUAGGAAGAGAGAGAGAGAGAUGCUACAGAAUAUUUAAUGUAUAAUUUAUAUGUGAAGGAUGCACAAUUUGCAGCUGUAAACUUUGUAUAUUUUCCUGUCUGUUUGGAUUUUCCUUUUUAUACAUUUCCCUCCCCAACACACACCCUUAAGGCUACAGCCCCUACCCCACAAUGGACACCAGCUUGUAAAUAAUUAAUACCUACAUGAUUGAAUGAUGUGCUUUAUUUGCAUUUUCAACAUGAUGUUUGCCUUAACAUAAAACAGUAAUAAAAAUGCAAGUCAAAUUUUUAAUUUUUAAUAAAAUAAAAAAACCUUAAGCCUUAGAAAACUGAUUAAAAAUACUUUUAUGUUAUCCCUAAUCACCCCACUAAAUGGAAUGCCUGCGAUUAGCCUCAUUAAGGAUUUUAUACUGUGAAGCUUUUAUUAGAAGCAAUAUAUGAAAAUUACUUGGAUUAAUGUGUUAAUCUGCCUCUUUAAAAUGCUAAUAUCCAUUUUAUGCACAUUAAAUCUCAGUAUGCGUUUUCUUUGAUGCAUGCCGUUUCUAUCAAUUAAAUAUAAAGAAGGA